AUGUCACAUGGUGGCCAGUCACAGCUGCAGGUAGGGCCAGCAAGUCCCAUCAUAGCCACAGGAAGGUCAGGUGGGGCUUGCUGCAGGUCACAGAAUAUUGAGGGGGCCAGGCCCCCUCCUUGAAAAUUUUGGGGACCCCUCGCCCAGAGUCCCUUCCCUUCAGGACCUAUGGGUCAAAGUCCUUACGCUUUCCCACGUCCAAAUUAGUUUCUAACACUAGAACACCAUUUGUGUUUAGUUGAAAAUAAGUCCCACUGAAUACUCUGGGAAAUGCUCUAAGUAUAAUUGCACAGGAUCACAACCAAAGUCAUUUUUGUUUUUACUUUCUAAGAUAAGUACUGGGAGCUGUAUUUAAAUACAUUAAAACCUAUCUAACUUUAAAUAUGAUAAAACCUGUGUAAACCCAUUUUCAUUGUGAGGAUAAGAACAUUAGCUGGAUUAUCUUUAUUAUAACUAAUGCAGUUGUUAAGCAGAUGGGUAUAAGAACACAUUUCAGAGCUUUUAUGCCUAUAUUAUGAUUUAUAGCAUAUGGAAAGAUAACAAUAGGCAUACAUGAAUUGAAUGUUUCUUGACUGCAUAUUGUUGUUGUUGUUUUAAAGAAUUUAGAUAUAAGCAUGUUAUUUCAGAAGGUUCUCAGUAUGGGGUUAUGGAAAUGAAAAGGUGAAGCUAUUUCCAUUAGAGCACUCCCUGGGGCCUGAACAGGUAAGAAAUAGGUUCAGCCUUCAGUCCACUAUUUCCACAACUGGGUUCCUUUACUUUGCCCCACAUAAAUAAAUAGCUGUUAAGUUUCUCCUAUGAGGAAAAGUAAACUCCUGCACUUGAGGGCUCUGUUGCAGUGAAAGCAAAACUCUGCAGUCCAUUCGGGUGGCUGAGCCAUCACUGGCAGGGAUCCUGUAUGGAGUGUAAUGUGUACCUGUGUCAAGAACACACAGAGACACACUGCACUCCUCUAGAGCAAUGGUCCUCCAGAUGUUGUUGGACUCCCAAAUUCCCUCAGUUUCAAACAGUGUGGUAGAUGCGACUAUCAACAUUGAAUGCGUGGAAUAAUAAGUUACUAAGUUAUUAAUUGGACUCAGACUCAGCGGUGCCCUUUCCAUGUGAAGCUUCUGUGAGGAAGCUGGAGAGCUUUAUUUUUCCAUGUUGGCCUAUUGCUAAAUGAACUUCAGUUUAUAAUGUUUCAAGUUGACACCAUUCUAAAGCACUAUAUCUAGUUUCAAAAAUUAACUGUCUAAUUUUAUUUAAAUAUUUACACUCCCCAUACAUAAUUGCACAGCCCUUUUGAAUAAUUUAACCACUUUAAUAGCAUCUGAAGAAAGUUUCUGUUUUCUCCUGUGUGUGUGUGCUUGCUGCGUUCCCAUUUUAGUAGCAGCAGCAACACACAAACUGACCCCUCUUUAUAAUUUAAUUGCAGUUCUUGCAGGCACCUGCUUUAAACAUUUCUACCCAGUAUUCUCAACUACACUUUAACAACACCCAGCAAUCUUUGUGUCAGUAAAUGUCAGACAUUUUCCUCCCAAGCUUCCAUUUUCCAUUCUCAGUAAAUAUUCCCCUUCAGGGAUUAUCCUCUUCCGUUCAUUAUAAAUCAUGAAAUAAGUAGCCUGUGGUGUCAUGUUAACUAAACGGUUAUAGAUGCAUCAUCAAGUGAUAUAUGAUUUAUGGGAAGACAUGGUCCUGAUGGUAAAUAUCCUUUAAGCAUGUCCUUAUACCUACUGCUUUACUAUGGGCAAGUCUAAGCAUUUUUUAAAAAUCAUAAAUCAAUACUGCAGAGUCAUAAAAUACAGUUUAAAUCCUGAGAUUUAAUUCCAUAAAUAAUAAAAUCAAGUUGUUGCUUUUCUCCCUCCAGUGUCAUCAGGGGAAAGCAUUUUUCUUCUUACAUGAUUGCAAAUUUUGGUGUAUUGCUAAGGGACAAGAACCAGGUCUUGUGCAAAAAUUGACAAUACUGUCCCACCUGCUUCAAUAGCUUAUGUUGAUAUAUGUUUCCACAUUGGCCCCGUGUUAGGUACACUUGCAAAUAUCUAUUCCGCCAUGCAAAGUAGAUCGGAAAUGAGGCUUCUCACAUGAGGAAAGUAAUAGAAUCAGAAUAAUAGACUACCUACCACUUGUUACAGAUACAUUAGUAUUUUAAUAGUUAAUUCAGCACAUCUUCUUUAGACAUCAUUUAUUUGCAGGUUUUGAAAUACAUCUCUGCAGCGGUGUUUUGGCAGGCUAGCUUGAUGUCUGUGAGAUUAUUAAGGGAAUAGUACAUUUGAAACGAAUAAAUUCACAUGUAGAGCUAUUAACUAUUAAUUUGGUCCUGACUAAACUGAUGAGACAUUCUUUGACUCAUAGUGUAGCUCAUAUGUAUCUAGUACUUAAGUACUCUCUAUAUAUUAACACUGAGAUAUAUCAAGAUGAUUCUUCCUGGGACUAGAAAGCAGCCUGCAGAAUCACAUCUGAGCUACAGGCUAUACUGACAAAUUCAUUCUCGAAGUAGCUCGCUAGGACUCCUAGGAGUAGCACUGUCUGUUCAUGGUAUUGAAUCUUGUCUCUGACACUUCCGUUGGCCUAGCACUUUUCCUAAUUCCAGCCAGCCUAGCUUUUUUAUUAUUUGAUCUGAAUGCAGAAAUAAAAGCUUUCUGGUUUUGUAAUGGGAAGAGACACUACUCCUUAGCAAACUCGUUGAUGUGGCAUUCGGCCGAUAAAAGUUGUGUGCUGAACUGGCAGUCUGAGACCAUUUCUCAUUGUUCCUUGGUGGGAUGGUCACUUAAUGAUCAAAUUAGAGCUCACUCAGCCAGAGCUGAGGCAAAACAACAAGCAACAGCUUCAAAUAAGUCCUCCAUUUUUUAUUUACAGACCAUCCGGGUGGAGUUCAUUAUGGCAAAUCACCCAGCAGGAUCCCCUUGACAGCAUAUUAAGAAAACAGAACUAAAUUAGGGAUGGUGGGUUGCACGGCUAAGCUUGUUUCCUCCUCAAAAUAUUUGUCGUCCCGCACCAAGCCCGGUUCUCCAAGCUGCCUCCUGUCUUAUCCGGAGUGCGUCUGCUACCCAGGGAGGUGUCUCUAUUGCUAUUUGCUGCUGUGUUUGUAUAACAUCUGAAAUAUUUAUGAAAGUUGAGACGUUACAUAUUUCAGAGUAGGAUUUCACAGCUGCACAUUCUUGGUUGGCAAAUUCUUAACCAAGAAUAGAAAAAUAAUAAAUGUUUAGGCUUCUAAAAAUGGCUUGCCUUGUGGGAAUCUGUGUGUUUGAGUUGCAGUAGCUCGCCUGUCACUCAGACAGCAACCCAAAUUGGAGUAGCAAGCAGCCGUAGCCUGACACGCACACCUAAGGGAGGCACUCAGUCACUCCAUUUUGUGGUGACCCAGAGGAAGAAUUUUCUGGCAGCCUGGCCACUUCUAACUUGCAGAGAGAAGGAGUCCUAAACCUGGACUGAAACUGCUCCACAUCUGGCUAACAUCUGGCUGGGUUUUAUAGUGUCAAAAUUGGGAAUCAACCAUGGUGUGUAUUUCUUGGUCCUUGCAUCCCCAAAAGUCACCUGAAGCAUUCAAAUAAAUUUGACAAAGUUCUUGCUAUUUUGUGACAUUUUGAUCAGUUCCUAAUAAAGGUAUUGGGUGGCCUACUUUACAGAGAACAGUCCUCCACAUGAAGGCUGUCAGAGGACAGUCCUCUGUUCUAAGGACUUUUCAUGUGUCCUUUAUAAAGAAACAUCAGAAGACAGAAUAGGGGCUUUGAAGGGGUUCAUCAACAGUUAACAUCUGUGUAACAGACUGAGCUGGCACAAGGGGCCAUCUGGUCGCCUCCACUGUGAUGAGCUGUAUUGUAUUUCUGUUAUGGUGGUACCUCAGGUUAAGUACUUAAUUCGUUCUGGAGAUCCAUUCUUAACCUGAAACUGUUCUUAACCUGAAGCACCACUUUAGCUAAUGGGGCCUCCUGCUGCCGCCGUGCCGCCGGAGCACGAUUUCUGUUCUCAUCCUGAAGCAAAGUUCUUAACCUGAGGUACUAUUUCUGGGUUAGCGGAGUCUGUAACCUGAAGCGUAUGUAACCUGAGGUACCACUGUACUUUAAAAUUUGCAUUAUAUAUACAUUGUUAUUUGCAAAUUUUGUGCAAAAUGAUGUUCUCUUUCCUCUUUUUCAGUAGGGCACUUCCUCCUAAGCCCUCCUCUUAAGCCCAUUUUAAAAGGGUGCAUUGUAAACCCUAUUUGGGCAUUAGGCCUGAAAAGAGAAUAUAAACCCUAACAGAUGUCAGGGACCAGGAAUCAGAUUUGCCUUUGUUGAAUGAUAGAGCCAGGGAUGUUAGAGCUGCUGCAAGUGGAAUCCUUGAUCUGCACCUUGUAUAGAAUAGAAAUAAAUUUGUGAUUCACCACAGUAAUGAGUUUCAAAACUUUACUGCAGAACAUUCUUAAAAACAGUUGCAAAUAAAUGUUAUAAAAAUACAAAGUAGCAGAUUGCUCUAAAAAGCAAGCAAUGUGGUCUCAUUUUCUUCUUAGUCCUUAAUACUGUUCAAUAAAUGUGUUUUUUUUUCCUCUGGCCCCAGAGAAAGAGAGAGAUGCUAAGCAACUUGUUUGUAUCAUCAUCACAGAGCUUCCUCACUGGCUCCAUCACUGAGGAGGAAGAGGUCUCAGGUUUCACCUUACUACUGUGAGAGACCUGCAGCUCAGGUUUCCAGCAAUGAUUCCUCAAUUAGCCUAAAGACUGAAAUGGAAACAUCCAACAUUUUCUACCGCAUUUACCUAGAGUGAAACCUCUCAUGCCUAAUGCAAACUUCUCUACUUUGUGAAUACAAACCUUUACAUAAGUUUUUCCAAAAAAAACUUCAAUGCAUAAAAAAAAUUCAUUUUAUGCAUAUUAAUCUUUUAUCUUUAACAAAGGAGCACUGCUAACAGAUGAACCCACAGAGUCACUGCCCCCUCCACCUGAGCAUGAUGAUGUGGCACUACCAUCCUAGAGCAACUUAAAAGCUCCAUGGUUUCCAGAAAACUGCAUGAGCCUUGCCUUGCAUCCAGCCUGAACCUUGCCUAACCUUGCCUUACACCCCAGUAUGACUGUAGCACAUGCUGAGGGCAUUCAUGGUGCCCCACCUCAUAAGAAGAGUCUGCUGCAUCAGCCCUUAACAGUGGCCAACUGGUGCCUGUAGGCAGCAAGCAAGUAGGAUCUGAGCACAAGAGUGCUCUUCCCUCCUGCAGUUUCCAGCAACUGGUAUUCAGAAGCAUACUGCUUCAGGUGGUGAUGGAACAUAGCCAGCAUGGAUGGUAGCCAUUGAUAGUCUUGCCCUCUAUGUAUUUGUCUGAAUCUUUUUUAAAAUCUGCCCAAAUUGGCAGAUCCUCUUUGGGGAUCAACUGUGUGCUGUGUGAAAAAGUUCUCUCCAAAAGGAUAAAGGAAUGAGGAGAGAACAGGGAAAAAAAUAGAAUGGUCAGUUCAAGGGAAUGAGGGACCACGUAGAGCUGGUCUCAAAGCAGAGUCAUUGGAAUGGGCUGUGCUCUCCCGUCUCUCCCUGUAGUACAGCCAAAUGGAAUGGUGACACUUGAGGGAAAGGAAGAGAUAGGGGAGCUAGUCUUUCAGCCACACAAAUGGGGUGAACUACAAAACAGUCAACAUUUUCAGUAGUGGCCCCACACUUACACAUCUCCUGUCAUCUGAUACUUCCAUAUUUCAGUGCUUGGUUCAUUUGGGUGAGUUGUAAUUUUUAAGCAUGCUGGGGUUCCCCCCCUGCUCAAAAAAUAAGGAUCUACAAAUCUGCUGGCAUUUAAUUGGAGUUGCCCUGUAACUUUUGAAGGCUAUAUUGUGUUGCAUCCAACUAAAGUUUGCUCCAAAUGUGCCCACUGAAGUUAAUCAACCUGCUACUCAUGUCUAUUAAUUUCAAUGGGACUACUCUGCAUUGGAUUCACAUUUCACUAUUGUUUCUUUUUGUUUUAAGUAGUACAAGAUUUGGUCUUCACUUGAAACUUAGGUUAUAAAAUACACUUCUAAAUUAAUCACAAAGUGUUUUGCAAAUUAUCAGACCGCUAACUGUUGUUGAAUACAUUUAUCCUGGAAAGGCUACUUGGUAUGGUAUCUUCUCAACAUUUCUAUUCUAGUUCUGCAGAGCAUUAUUAAGCUCUUUAGGUUUUUCUCAAAGUGCAGGUGCUUUAAGCUUUCAUUUUAGCACAGCAGAGAUGCUGUUUCUUAAAGCUUGUUCACUCAAAUAGGCUAAAUACACAAGAGAUGACUGAUGGUGAGUCAGAAAAAAAUAACAUUCUGAAGGACCAAAAGACCAAAAUAAGCAUGCUUUCAAAUCCUCGACAUCUGGUACUUAAGAUAAAAUGGAAAUAUUUAAAACAUGUUUGAAAGAUGCUUGUUUCAGAAGUUUGAUUCAAAUAAUUAUAUAUUAGGAGCUACCAAUAUCAUUCACAUAAUAAAAAAACAGCAAUAAAGAACAGAACUCUCAAUGGAGCAUCCAAUUUGAUAAAAAUAAGAUACCACGAGAUCAUAUUCAAUUAUGAUGACUCAUGUCAAAAUAGUUUUCAUGUGCGGAAGGUUUUCUCUCUCUUCAUAAUACAUAAUACAUAAUACAUAUUACUCAGCUGAUGUUUAAAAAAGAAAGGAUAAUAGUAGAACCAAAAAGAACUGAUUGGCAAAACAUUUUAAAUCUGAUCUUUGUUUUUGCUAAAAGCAAUGAAUACUGAAAGUGGCUUUGUCCAACAGGGAAUAAAGAGUCAAAAAACUUAGGAAAAGAAGAGAUGUUUUCAAAGUUUGUAGAAUAUGGAGAAAGGAGAAUUUAGGAUCAAGCUUCUACAUUUCAAAACUUAUGUUUUCCUUUUAUAUGUGGCUCAUGACUUCCAGGUCCUGUAAUAGUGCUAUAUGAGUAGGAGUGGGGACAGAGUUCGUAUCUAGGUCUGCCACAGGGCCUAGUCUUUGUCUCCAUAACCUGUUGUGUGGCCCGUAGCUCCUCGUGUGUAGAUGUUUAAGAUUGUCUGCUCUCUGUAAGCAAGUACAGGCCUGCCGGCCAAGGCAUGUGAGAGGAAAGUGUCACUGUCAAGGACAGGAUGUAGAGCAUUGAUAUUAUUUGAGCCAUUUUAAUCAGGAGCUGUAUUUGAGAACAAGUGGUGGUAUCAUGGCUUCUCCUAGCUCUGGCCUGUAGUACAUUGUUCUUUGGUGCCAACCUGGCUGUAUUCAUCUGUAUUUCAUUUUUGUUUUUCCCUUCAUUGGGUGGGUACGAUUGUCUGAUGAUAGCCUGAUGUAACAGUUUUAGGUGUGAGUCUUCGUCCAAUCACAGGGCUUGACUGUAGAUCAGACACUUCCACCAUCCCUGUGGACCAUUUUGAUAGGCCAGCAAGGCUACCCAGUUGUCAAAUCCCCUGAAUCCAUCUUGGUAGCAGAUUGGCAACACUGUUCAACAGAGGUGUCACAUGUUGUCAAUAGGUUGCUCUAAAAACAAUCACUGUUACCUAGUAGCAUGCCACACUAUACAGUAUUGCCCCUUGGAAUCAUGCAUCUGUGCCUAUUUAUUGUUGUUUCCUCUGCUUUAAACACAAGGCUUUUUUAAAGCUGGAACUCACUGGAGCUCAGUUCUGGCACGUCUCAGAUGGGUGCUAUUGCCAUUAUAAGAGAACAAGGGUGAGUUCCGGUACCUCUUUUUCUAAAAAAAAACCCAGCACUGUUUGAAUGCUAUAAAUAGCCUCCUUACUUGGCACAAAGGGUUAUACCAGAAGGAUCAAGAUACUUGAGUCUUGGGCUCAAGUACUCCGUUCCUCAUUUCCUUUACAUCAAGGAGAGGACAAUGACUAAAUAGAGAAGAUGCACAUUCAGGGAAAUGCACAUCCUAGUUUAGAUAAUCACUUUCUCCUUCCUGGAAGGGUAAUUAAGUAUGGAGUGCAUUAACCUGCAGGUGUAGGGCAGUAUAUAAAUUUAAUAAAUGAUAAUGAUAAUAAUAAUAAUAAUAAAACAACAACAACAACCCCCAGGCCAUUUCCAGGUGCAUUCCAGGUGCAAUCCCAGGAGCCAAAAUAUGAACAGAUAGGCCCUACAAUCUCUAGGAUUCAAGUUCUUUCUGUGAAAUGUUGCCACAGUGUCUUGAAUAAAAGAGCCAUGACCUGGCAGGCUACUUGGAUGAAGGCAAUAUAAAUGUUAAACAGCCAUAAUCGUGAAAGGAUAAGCAAAACCACAGAUGAUACAAAGAUAGGAAAAGAUAAGAGGUAAAUAGAACUGUCAGAAUAUAGCUGGAAUAAAAACUAUGUGCACAUACAUGCAACCAGGCAAGUAUAUAAAAAAAGAACUCAGCCACCAUUUCUAGAUUUUGCCCCCCUUUAAAUAUUUUUUUUUAAUUAAAAAAAACAUGGUGGGAUUAUAACUCAAGAGGACAUACUGCUUUAGGGGUACUGUAGGAAAAAGAUUCCUUUAUUAAACUCUUCAUGUUGGCCUAAUAAAAUGUACUACUGAUAUGGAAAGAUAAAAGGAUAGAACAGAUUAGUACAGACUCCUAAGAAUAUAGAUUUGCACCUGUAAUAGGCCUAACUAACAUUAAAUAACAGAACGCAUUACUCAGGCCAUAAAGAAGAGAUAAUCUCUUAAAUUAUUAGCUUAGUAUUUUGUUAGUAAUGCUUUUCCCUUUCUCGCCUUCCAUUCCUUUCCAUAAUUUUUUUCUUUCUUUUCCUUUUUUGCAGCACAAAAUAGGUUGAAGAGACUAUUAAAAAGUUGGGCAGAAAUUAAGGUUAUUCUUAAUUAGAAAUGAAGUUUAGGAAAGCAAGCAAAGGGCAUCAUGUGUAAAGCAUCAGAUGCUGAUCAGAGAUGCUGCUUUUCAGAACAUUUACAUGGCAAGAUCUGCUUAAGUCAGCGUUUCAAACAUCAAUCGUCCGCAAAUCACAGACUUUUCAUUUGUACCUUCACUGGAUGUGAUUAAGAAAGGCUCCUAGACUAAGGGACAUGGGUGGCACUGUGGGUUAAACCACAGAGCCUAGGACUUGCGGUUCGAAUCCCCGCAACAGGGUGAGCUCCCGUUGCUCAGUCCCUGCUCCUGCCAACCUAGCAGUUCAAAAGCACAUCAAAGUACAAGUAGAUAAAUAGGUACCGCUCCAGCGGGAAGGUAAACGGCGUUUCUGUGUGCUGCGCUGGUUCGCCAGAAGUGGCUUAGUCAUGCUGGCCACAUGACCCGGAAAGCUGUAUGCCGGUUCCCUCGGCCAAUAAAGCGAGAUGAGCACUGCAACCCCAGAGUCGGUCACGACUGGACCUAAUGGUGAGGGGUCCCUUUACCUUUACUAGACUAAUUAUUGCAUGUUCCAAUUGUUUGGUUUGGUUUUUUCUACAAAAAUAAUUUGUUGCACCUGAAUUUCAAAACACCAUAGGAUUCCUUUCUAUACUGUGAAAAAGAUUUUUUUAAAAAGUUAUUGUCUCUUCUUUAAAUUAGUUUUAAAAACAUUUGGUCUCUUUGUAGUUACUUCAACAGAGGUAUUAAGCAUGACUCAUUAAGUAUAUUGAAAAGUUAGGGUAAACAACUGGAGGAAAACAAAAUGCUAAUUAAUAAAACAUACGACCUAACUCUGCUGAAAGUAAUGGUCUGUUAUUUUUUAUGUUAUGGAACUGCAGCACUUUCCAAAUCAGGCUUCUCAAUCAUGGUUCUCUACAGGUGCUUUUGGACUCCAGUUCCCAUCAUCCCUAAACUUUGGCUGAACAGGCUGAGGCAAGGUACAGAUUAACCACGUCUAAAGAGCACCACAUUAGCUAUGCCUUCCAUGGUCCUUAGAGAAUCCAACCUAUCUUGUAGGAAAUCAUGUGGAGGAAACCAUGCAGAUUAGUGUGUGUGAUGUUUUGCACCUGGCUUUCAAAUUAUGAUUUGCAUAAUUUUGGCAGAGGAAUGCUAACUUCCCAGUAAUAAAGAAAUAUGAAGGGAGGGUGGGAUGGAGAGAGGCCACAGGUCAGUUUUAAAACUUACUCUUUCAGUAUAUGAGAUCCUAGGUACAGUUCUUGGAAUCUUCAUUUCAAUCCAACCACUGAUCUUUGCCUUCUUUACUGUCUUAAAAUAAGGAAGAGUUAACUCCAAAAUAGAUGUCUUUGACUUGUGUGACAUGGCAUGUUCCCCUCUAAAAUGGAGCCCAUUCCUCUGCAGGUUUCCCACUAUCCUUUGCACCAAUCAUUCAGACAAGGAGAGACGUUUGUUGACUAGGGCCUCCAUUGCCUGAAAAUAAUUUUGGGAAGCUGAAGAGAAUUGGCAUCCUGGGAAACUACCUUCAUCAUAAUCAUCAUCAUUUUAUUUGUAUUCCACCAUUCUACAGUUAAAAACAAUGCUCAAGGCGGCUUAGAACAUGACAAGAUUUACAUAAUUAGGUAAAGGUAAAGGGACCCCUGACCAUUAGGUCCAGUCGUGGCCGACUCUGGGGUUGCAGCGCUCAUCUCGCUUUAUUGGCCGAGGGAGCCGGCGUACAGCUUCCAGGUCAUGUGGCUAGCAUGACUAAGCCACUUCUGGCGAACCAGAACAGUGCACGGAAACACCGGUUCCCUUCCUGCCGGAGCGGUACCUAUUUAUCUUCUUGCACUUUGACUUGUUUUCAAACUGCUAGGUUGGCAGGAGCAACAGGAGCUCACCCCGUUGCGGGGAUUCGAACUGCCGACCUUCUGAUCGGCAAGUCCUAGGCUCUGUGGUUUAACCCACAGUGCCACCCGCGUCCCUUGUAAUUACAUAAUUACAAAAGUCAUAAACAAUUCUCUAGCAUCAUGUUCUAAUGAAAUCCCAAGGGAGAGUAGGGAGAGAGAAGACGUUAGAGAUGGAUUUGUGGAAAUUUCCUGCAAAUCUGUGGAUGUGAGAUACUAUGAGAGAGUCCAAUGGAAUUUUAGCCUUCUUUGUGGCCAAAGUAUUUUGAGAUUGUAAGAAUAACUUGGAGUUAUUCCUUAAAAACUUGCAAACGACAGCUUGAUCAGGACUGGAACCAUGUCAGGGUGGAUUUGACCCUUCACUCCCAUGUCAUGGUCCUGAGGGAAAUUGUUCUCCUCUAUCCCCAAGCUGUUCUUCUGCAUGGGAAAGAAGCACCCAUUGGCAUCGAUGAAGCCUUAUCCUUUUGGAGAACUGAACACAAAUUUAAAAUGAUUGAAACAUACACACACACACCCAAAAAACACCCCAAACAGAACCAUCAACACAAACAGUCAGAGGUAUUUCCUGCAGGAUCAAUGGUGGCAAAGGCAAUCUUCUCUGUGAACCAGAACUGUAUAUGAAUGAUAUUGUUCCUCAACUGUGUGGUAUUGAUUUUGUCACAAACCAUGAAAAUACAAAAGUAAUAUAAAAAUAGCUUCAAUCGUUUUCUGUUGCUGUUAAUGUGGUGGCUAUAAGAGCAAUCUAUAUUUAGUUAGAGGCUUAGCUGAACAUCUGGUAAGCUGGUGUUUCACACCUGUUUUAGGAAUAAAAUAUUAAAUAAUUGCUUUUGAAAUGUAGCCAGAUUUAUUUCAUUGCCACAAAGUGAGUGGUAUUUGUAUAGAGAUUGCAUUCAUUGUGUAAUAUAUUAAAAGAAAUAAAGCAAUGCGUGUUUGUGCCAUCGAUUCUAUGAUAUUUUCUCUUGAAUAAAGUUGAUAACAAAUGAGGACAUUUUAGUAAAUGCCAAAGGCUAAAAUGAAUUCCAGCAUUUCAAAAUUAAUCAAAAUUAUUCAGCUUCCAGUUUAUCUUGAUUUUACAGAAAACUGAAAAAAUGCUGACAAAAUAGAGAACAUUGUCUCAUGCUGAUCUGAAAUGAAAAUCAGUUCAGCGGAGGUCAAAUGUAUGUCUAGUUAAGGCGGAACAUAUAUCAUUGCUCUAAUUGAAAGACAGUACUGGCAUUUCCCAUUACAUAUCCAUAUUUUUAAAAGAUAUAGCUCAGCUGUAAGGAUUCACCCUAGAUUGAAUCUAAUAGGUUCUGGUCCUAUACUACACUGGGAGAGGUUCAGCAGCUCUGCAUCUAGGAAGGGAAUGUUGUGCAUUGUUGGAAACAUUUCAUAAUGAUAAUUUAAUACUGACAAUAUUUAAAACCCCAAGUGAUAAUCCUUAAUUUAAUGACAGAUCUGAUCAAUUAAACCUUAGGAAAUUAAACCAUCUGGAUGCUGUUAUAGGCUUAUUUAGGUUAGAGUCUCCCGUUAUCUUUUGACAUUAAAAAAAACCUGCUCAAACUGUUGACACUUCUUGAUAUGCCUCUAUUUGGUGGACCUCAUACUACCAUUUUGGCAAGCUGGCCUGCUCUGUGUAACUGACUAGCACCACAUGUAGGUGUCUGCUCUCAGCAUGCAAUGGCCAGUGUUGUGUUUUAAAUACUUGAUAAUACGUGCUGAAGCUGAAUUUUGCACACGGUAUUAUGUUCGGAUAGCAUGUUCAAGAUGAAUACUUUGAAAGCUACAGUUUUACAAAGUGAGGCAAGUCCCUGUUCUCACCCAGGGCAGAGUCCGUGACAGUGGAUUUGCCACAUACAAAUGAAUGAAUAAAAAUAUUGGUGUUUACCACAGACGAGUGAUUUUUUAUUUGCCAGACUACCACCACCCUUACAUUUCUUCUGAAUGAAUUAGCAACUUUCUUACAAGCUCAAACCAGGUGCUGGCCUUUAUGCCAUGAGCAGAUUAUUUCUCACUGCCUCCCCCCCCCCCACUUUGCAUUAUUUAAUAGGGGAGGAGGGACUUCAUUCAUGGCAUUAUUUAUUUAUUUAUUUAAAAAUUAUUAGUCACCUUCUAAAGAACAGCCUCAAGGUGAUGUACGCUGGAAAUAAUUAUAAAACAAAUAGAAAUGCAAAAGCAGCAAGUAUCAAACAAAACUGAAACCUUACAGGGCAGACUCUUGUGGUAAAGACCCAUUAUUUAGCUGGGAAAGCCUGUCAGAACACAAAAGUCUUCACACCCACACACCCAACAAAAGUGCAGAUAGUGAGUGCCUGUUUUAUCUCAACAGAAAUGUUAUUCCACAGAACGAAGGCAGCUAAACUAAAAGCCCUGCUCCAAGUUAAGAUCUUUGGAACUUUUAAGAGAGACUCUCCUCCGACUCCUGCAUUCUACUGGUUGUAUAAGGGAUAAGGCAUUCCCUCAAGAAACGUGGUCCUAGCUGUAUUCUAUGUUAGCACCAACACCUUGAACAUGAACUGGUAGCUAAUUGGCAGCUAGUGCCAGUCACUUAGCAUUAGCGUAGUAUGAUCCCCUCUCGCCUCACCAAUUAAAGCUCCACCAGCUACAUCCUGAGCUGGUUGAAUCCUUCAGGACAACUUCAAGGGCAGUCCCUUGUAGCCCACUCAGGCUGUUAACAAGAGCAUAGGUUACCUUCUUUCCCUGCACCUUCCUUUCCUGCAUCUUCACAAACCCUGUGUUGAGGUAGGACAGCACAGUUUUCAUCCUCUCCAGCUUGCUAGGGGAACAGAGCAGCAUCAGCAUCCAUAGGCCUGAUGGUUUUGGGUUCCCUAAGCUAAUACUAAUAGCCUAAGCCAGCAGUUCUCAACCUGUGGGUCCACAGAUGUUGUUGAACUACAACUCCCAUCACCCCUAGCUAGCAAGGCCAGAGCUCAGGGAUGAUGGGAGCUGUAGUCCAACAACAUCUGGGGACCCACAGGUUGAGAACCGCUGCCCUAAGCUAAUACUUUAAGGACCCGCAGGAGAAUAGCGAGACAAUAGAGAAAAGAAGCAAAGUUUUUGAAGUCUGUCCUCUGAUGUGCCAAUGUUUUAUCUCUCCCACAACACACACACCCUUCAGGGAGCUAUUGCAAAGCAGAACCUCUCCGUGUGACAAUGAGCCAGUGAGGUAAGUCCUUACAGAAAGCGAACAUAAGAAUCAGGCCUUCAUUAACUUUAUAGUAGACACGAGUGGAAUUUUCUUUCCAGGAUUACAAACCAUCGCAAAUAUAUCCAGUUAGCUGCUUUUCUCAGCUUUCACAAGAAUAAUCACUUGUACGAACAAUUCAACUUUCUCCAGUGUGGCGUAACCUUAAGGUAAAGCACGCUGGCAAAGUGAAACUUCUAGAACUUUAAAAUCCUGGGACAGAUGGUUGACAUAUGGAGCCAUGUGUUUCAAAUGUUUGAUUUUCCCCUAUAACAGAGCGCCUGUGGAUACCGUACGCCAGCAAUAUCGGUGCACAAGUGGGCUAUGGAGUGCUUUGAUUGUUUGCAGCUGGAGUGGUAUUUUGCCCAGUUCGCUGUUAGAAUAACAAGCACAAAAGGGUCUAUGGAUUUUAUAAGGAAUGUGAAGAGGGUCUUGGACUAAAAACCCGAAGCAAAGGUAGCAAUGUCUUUACAAUCAAAGCCAGUGUCCAUGGCUGAAAAGAAAAAGCUGUCAGUUUCCCUUUUGUAGAACAGUGGUUAUCUGUUAGAGUUGCUUCUAUCCCGUCACAAACAGUAGGAGCAAUUUAUUACAUAACCCAGCUGGGAAACAUUUGUUCCCUGAUAUCAAAACAGCUCCACGAACAAAUAUCUGUGUCUAUGUCAGCAGCAUACUUAUAGGCCUACAAAUUACAAUUAAUGUAUUAAAUAUUAUGAAGCAAGGUAGAGCCAGCAUAUGCUACUAACCAUGUCAAUGUUAUGCCUGCAAUGUUAUGUAGGCAUAACACAAGCACUAUGAUAUCCCAUUUGUUUAAAUUCAGAUUCCAUUCUACAUUUACACUAGGGAUGAAGGGCUUAUUUCAGAGCCUGUAACUGCAGUAAGCAGCAGACUCGAGGUAUGUAUGAACUGAUCAUGCUGGCCACCGUGCAAAGAAGUCUGUGGGGGUGCAGUGACAUAGUUUUGCUGGAAGUGCAUCAGAAGGAAUCAUUCUGUUUGUAACUUAAGAUUUAAUUCUAUUCUUAGUAAAUUAGCCAACCAAGAGAUGACAAUGGUGGAAAGUGUUGCUUAGCAACCAGGGAGUGUGGCACAAUUCUCACUGAGGUAGCACAUGCUCUCAUUGGCUGUGUACUUCUGAGGGAGUUUUCCUCUGUAAGUUUGGUUGAAUGUUUCCCUACUAGGCACAAGGUUGCGAGUAAGAACUGAAAAAACCUCUCUGUUUAUUUCUUCUCGUUAUAUACCACUUUUAUUAUGAGGAUUUUUCUCCCUGGACUUACUCUGCUUUAUUUAAGUCACUUUGCUAACAAGUUUUAGAUGUUUUUAAUUGCUUUUAAAGGUAAAUGUAAAGGUCCCCUGACAGUUAAGUCCAGUAGCGAAUGACUCUGGGGUUGCGGCGCUCAUCUCGUUUUACUGGGCGAGGGAGCUGACAUUCAUCCGCAGACAGUUUUUCUGGGUCAUGUGGCUAGCAUGACUAAGCCGCUUUUGGUGAAAACAGAGCAGCGCACGGAAACACCAUUUACCUUCCCGCUGGAGUGGUACCUAUUUAUCUACUUGCACUUUGGCAGGAGCUUUUAGAUGUCUCUAAUUGUUCUUAAAUAUUAUAUAUAUAUAUAUAUAUAUAUAUAUAUAUAUAUAUAUAUACACUGUAUUUUUUAAUUGUAUUCUGAUAUCAUUGAGCUCCUUUUGAAAAAGGGUGAGACACACACUUAAUUGAUAGAUAUUGCCAGCACAAUUGCCAUGGCUAUGGUGCUGAACAAAUAUGGGCUACAGCAGCAGAGGUUUAUACUAGUGCCACAACAACCUUCAUAUCUAGAUCUUUCACAGAUAGCAUCAUCAAGUAAAAUUGUUAUAUAGCUUAGAAGUCUAUUUAGAUGUGGUAUAGUUGUGUUGGAAAAGAAUGAAGACAGGAGGUGGUGCAUCUAUUAUAUGUCUAAUGAUAGUUUGAUCCUGGAAUUCUACUGCUGGAAGAGUAAAUUUCUAACCUAUAGACACUUCAUUUUUCAACUUAAAUGCUUCUCGCAUGCUCUCUAUGACAAGUACGUCAGUGGAAGGUAGGGGUGAUGAGACAGAGCUCUUGGUGGUGAAGCACUUACAAUGCUCCCCGCCCCCCGAGGGUUGAGCUUUUCCAAGAGCCUGCUCUGGGCACCCACAAAAACUUGUGGGGCCUUGAAGCACCUGCUGCCACAACCUCCAGCUCCCACUUCCCUUUAGGGCCAGCAGAAAGCACCAACAGAAGAAGGCUGGAGCCUUUAUCCCUGGCUUAAAUGAUGCAAAUACUGUCUUCUUCUUCCAGGAAUGAUGUGUAAUAUGGGGAUAGCUCCAGUCCAAUCCCUGUUGUAGGGCCAGGCUUUGUUGGUGCCUCUAAACAGCCUGCUGCCACUUAUCUUCUUCUUUUCCUCAAGGUAAGGAGCUCCUUGGAACAUGAAAAGGAGGAGACAGUGAUGGUGGGUAGACUCUGGAGGUGAACAGGGCACUUUGGGUCCUGCUCACUUCAGCCCUCUUGUGUGCCAAGGCACCAGAGCCACAAAGUUCCCAGGAGAACUAUAAAGUACACAGACACAAAGUAUUUUGGUUUAUGGGUUGAAAUAGGCACUUAGAUUAAGCUUCUCUUUACAAUCAAGUGAGAUAAAUAUAUCUAUAUAUUUCUCACUUGAUUGUAAAGAGAAGCUGAAUCUACGUGCUGUGCAAAAAAAUAAAAUGAACAUUAACACCACCAAUAAUAGAUAAAAGUUAAAAACAAGUAUUUUUCAAUUAAAAAAAUUUAAAAUCAACAAUCAGUGAAAACCAGAUUAAAGCACAUGUCAGCUUUUACUUGAGUUGAUUGGCUUGCCUGAACAAAAAUGCUUUUAGCAGGUGCCAAACACUGUCAGGCUUCAGAGGAUCCAACCCCCCACAGUAGGUUGCCAAGAAUGGAUCUUACCAAUGUUGCUUAUUCAAUAAUCACAGAGAGAGGCUUAGAAAUGCAGCUUCUUGGAGUAAUGGUGUUGCUCCGAGUGAAACCCCACCCCCUCCGUCUCUCCCAUUAUACGUCAUCCCUACAGUGGCUGAUCUGUGCCUUCUGCCUCUGAGCUCUCUGCUCUCCUACUUCCAAUGCCUGCCGGGUGCUGGGAGAGGGCGGUCUAGAAUGCUUUCUAAAGACACUGAGUGUCAGCUGUCUCUCUCCUGGUGCUUCCUCCUCCUCCUCCUCCUCCUCCUCCUCCUCCUCCUCCUCCUCUCCCAUUAUUUCCCAGCUUUCCCCCUCAUUGGCCUCUGAGUUGUGGCCUCCCUCAAACCCCUAUUGUAAUUCGGAACUGUCUCCUUCUUCUCUGGAAGGAUCAGGCUGGGGAGGCGGUCUCCACCAUUCCUCCUCUGUCCAGUCCCUGACAAAUACAGUACAGCAAAGGUGCCUGCCUGAUGUCAAGAGGCAGGGAGUUCCAAAGUGUAGAUGCUACCAUGCUUAAAGUUCAGUUUACUACAAGGGCAGAAUUAACAUUAUGUGGCAUAUGUGCUAGUGGCAGUUUCACAGAUUGAAGCAGUAGAGUGGGCAUAUAUGGGGUAAAGGCAAACUUUCAAGAGAGAGCUCUUGAAGGACAUUUGGGAUCAUUUUUCAUGCUGAAAAUGUUCAGCCCCAACCCUAUAAAUUCCUUUGUGGAUUGCUUCUAAAGGUAGGAUAGGGUUGAACCAAAUAUUUGCAGAAGACUUUCCUGCCCAACAAAUGUUGCCUUUUAGGAUAGAUUAGAUCUGGGCAAAAAGUCGUCUCUGAUUAUUGAAGCUUCACGAGAGAAGUUCUCCUGGGCAUUUUCCCAAAUGAAAUGACCAAAUGAACCAAAGGAAAUGACUGAAAAAUCCAAUGAAACAUCUAAAAGACCCGAUGAAGCAUACAAAUUUCUGACUAUCUAAUAUAAUCAGGUGGGGAGUUCAUAUGAUGUCAUGUUACACUUCACUAGGAAAUAAAUCAAGGUAAUUGACACAAAAUGAAUGAAGGAGAACUUAGGGGAGAGAGAUACAAUUGAGAAGAUUUGUCAAAUGAUUUAAUAAUGUGGCUGUCAAUUGCAAAUUAAAAAAGCAGAAUAACUAAAUAGCCUAUGGGACCACCAUAAAAUUCAGAUAAUUAGAAGUAGGGAAAAAUGGUGGGUUAUGUUUACAUAAGGCGCAUACAAUAAAUUUGGGGAUUUAGAAUCUCUCCCCAAUAAUGGAAAUCUCCAUCGGUUGCCAUAAGCUCAUAGACCAGUAUAGUGAUGUGGCAUGUAACCUUGAAUCGAAAAUCCUAGUGGAACUUCACUCAUGGGAUACUUCCAUUAGUGGAAGUUGGGUGGAGACAAUAUUUGCCAAUUCCUCCCCCCAUCCCCCCAUCCCCUGGUUGCCCUAAAAAAUCUGCUCAGAAGAUUUGGACAGCCCUCCCAACUGUGUGAAAAGUGGCAUUGGGGACACAAGAGGAAGGGGAAAUUAGCAAAAAUGGCCUCCCUUCCUCCAGCUGGAGCCUCUGCUGGACCUCAGUUCCUUGUGUGAAUGGAAAGCAGCUUUCUAUUUGUGAAAGGGACAUUCUAGAGCCAUGGCUCUGGAAAAAGAACUCCAGUAUUUUUUCAACUGUUCUCAUUGAUUAAAGAGAAAAGAAGUUGCAUUUGAAAAUGAUCAAAGCUCAUAGAUGCCAAUAAAGAUGAAUGCAACCCAAUGAAGGAAUUCUACCCACUUCUCUGCCAGUGACAAGGCAGGUGGGGCGCCUAUGGGCUUCUGCCCCUGAUGGACUUCUGUCACCUGAGGCAGCAGCCACCCCCUGCCUCAUGGCUGCGAUGGCUCUGAGAAGGAGGUAGCAAAACUGGAAGCCUCUUUCUCAGAGAAGUAAAUUUUCAAGAGAUUAGACAGCAAGUCUCAGCCUAGCACUAAAGCCAACAGUCAGCAUUCUUCCCCAUUCCUCCAAACACAUUCUAGCUGCCAGAAACUUCAAUAUGUCUAAAUCAGCUUAAAUUCAAAAACAGCUGCUUUAAGUGGUUUGUAGAUUAGGUUGAAUAUCGCUACUAUUUGCAUACAAUUCCAAACAAUAAUUCUGACAGUUCCUAUGUUGCAGAGCAGAAACUGUGGCCCAAAUCUAUUCUUAUAUUGUUGUUUAUGUCAAUACAUAGUCAAAAUAAUUUCCCUCGCAUUCUUCCAUACUGAAGUUUACUUUUCUUAUGAGUGUGCCACAUGGUUAGAUUUUUACUUAACCGUGUUUGUGAGGAAGGUUUCUUUUCAAUCAUUCUUCUGUACAGAAUUAAAUAUUAACAUAAACUUGUAGCCUCUAGGGAUGCAAUGAAUAGUAACUUCCCUCUCAAAUAAUUGACCAGCUUGCUAUUAUGCAUGGUAUGCUGGGUAGAUCUGUGAAGAAAAAGGGUGUGUGAGAGAGCUAUUGCAGAAGUGGUUGCGCAUUUAAGCCAGUGGCAGAGAAUGGGGAAGGGUGUACAAAAGUUGAGCAACCAGUGAAAUAGGAAGUCAAUAAAUCAUUUCAAUGAGGGGGCAGUGAUGAGUCAAAGUAGCACUUUGAAAGAGGAGCAGUAAUGAGCAAUAACCUGAUAAUAUGUGAAACAGCAAACCCCGCCAGCUAUUAGAAUAGGAAAUUAGAAUUGGAGCCAUUUGCCUGACGCCAUACACGAUAGCCAGCUGGGUUCGAAACAAUGUCUCUCCCCACCCCCCACCCCCCACCCCGGGGGGGCAGGGAGUGUACAGCUUCUGCCCUGUAGCAGCUCACACUGGGAGCUAAUAUAGGAGCUGCGGACUCCACCCCUUCCUGGCCCUAUGGGCGAACCAUCCCAUAGGGGUGAGGCGCACCCAGGGGCCUCCAGAGUCUGCCUGCCUCCUCCCACUCAGCCAUCCUACAGCUGAGGGGCAGAGGCAGCAGGCGGACCGUUUGGGCAGCAUGGAGCCUGCGCGCGCCCAAGCCAACACGGUGGCUCAGGCAUGCUGCAGGCCCCACGGUGAGUGCCACCCGGCAUUUUGUCACCCCCCUCAGUGUUGACACCCACCACACACCCCUUCUUCCGCCCCUGGGGGGAGCAACCAUAUUUCAGGCACCUGGUGUGAGGACCUCUAGUCCUGGGGCAGGGAUGUCUUGAAUACAUGUGGUCAGAAAAGUCCAGAAGGCCACCUUUGUAACACAGAUCUGCGAAGGUGGUUAAGGGGUGGAAACACUGCCUUUUCUACUGCUAGUAGUUCGCUGAUGGCAUAAUUUGCCUUUGACAGACAUUGUUAUAGAACCCGUAGACAAAACACUGCCGCAGCUCCACUAUUAUUUUAAUUGAUUCCUCAUUCUCAGAGAUGUGUUGUAAUCACUAAUCUUCCUAAUGUAUUAGCCACACUAAGCCUUAUUCGUCCUCAUUUAUUCAUAAAGAGAGGAUGAAAUCAGCCCCCAUUUCCCAAAGUACAAGUCAGAACUCUGCACUCAGAUGCCACACAGGAGUUUCAUGUGCUGCUCUGAUGUCAAAGGCUGGCCCAAGAGAAUGCUUUUCUCUCAGGCCAAAACCAUAAUACUGUUAAUUAAUUAUAAUCAUAAAGCUGGGAAUGUUUUCAUGAUGAAAUGUCGGAGAGUUGGGCUAUAUAUGAAAGCUUGGUUAAUAUCAUUUGUGCAUUCCUAGUUUUCCAAAAAUAAACUUGGGGCGGGCAGAUUUCCCACUCCAUUUCAUUAUUAUUUCAUGGCUUGGCUCUGUCCUGCAAUUCACUCCUCUUGCCUUCUGGUUGAACGCUGAUAAUUUCUACAAUUUAUUUUGGAAUUAGUGCGGGUGUCAUUUGCUGUAGGGUGCCAUUCAAAUAUUUUUCCCUUACAGGUUUCUAGUGCACAUCAGAACAUAUGCCCAUCGCUUAAAGCCCCACUCCAAAAGGAAUCCUCAUUCAAUGGCAUUACCACACCCAUGUUCUUUUUUUGCACUGUGAUUUAAUCAGUGCAAUGUGUGCAUACAUGCAUGCAUAAUUUUUUGUAGUUUUCAUAGAAUCCUAGAGUUGGGAGGGAUCUCAAAGGUCAUCUAUUCCACCUCUCCCAAUGCAGAAAAUCUACUGCUCCAGCAUCCAUGAAAGGCAGGCAGUCAGUCUCAGUUUAGUGUCAAACUACCUCUCAGCUAGGGACGCGGGUGGCACUGUGGGUUAAACCACUGAGCCUAGGACUUGCCGACCAGAAGGUCAGCGGUUCGAAUCCCCGUGAUGGGAUGAGCUCCUGUUGCUCAGUCCCUGCUCCUGCCAACCUAGCAGUUCGAAAGCACAUCAAAGUGCAAGUAGAUAAAUAGGUACCACUCCAGCGGGAAGGUAAACGGCGUUUCCAUGCGCUGCUCUGGUUCACCAGAAGCAGCUUGGUCAUGCUGGCCACAUGACCCGGAAGCUGUCUGUGGACAAAUGCCGGCUCCCUCGGCCAAUAAAGCGAGAUGAGCACCGCAACCCCAGAGUCGGUCAUGACUGGACCUAAUGGUCAGGGGUCCCUUUACCUUUACCUCUCAGUCCCUUCUUUCUUCUUUACAGCUUACUAAGGGCACAAGCACAUAUGUACAUGAUCACACCAAAAUCUUUUCUGGGCUGCAAUUUAAUCAGUGAAGAUAUGUGUGCAUAUUUACUGGUAGAAUUCUCAUGCCAUCAUGCCAUAACUUCAAGUUUGCUUUUAGUGCAAAAUUCAAAUAACUGUACUUGCUCAUGUGUAUCAAUUAUUUGUAAUCUACUCUUUCUGCGCACACAGAAAAGGCAGCAAGUGAUCUGGUGAUCCAGAAACAGAUUGUUCCCUUCCUAGAUCACCAUUAUGCCAGGAUUCUUCUCUGUGUGUGCACACAUGUGCAUGCUAGGUAUGUGUGAGAGAUUGUUUGCUUGUGUCAAAAGGUGUGCGUUUUUAGAGGGGAGUGUUAAGUGUGCACUGUCUGGCCAUACCAAUUUAUGGCUCUGACCCUUGUCAUCUUUUGGAAUGUGCCCCCUGGAAACUUUCCACUGGAGUAAUGUGUCACUCAACACCGCCCCCAAUGUUCUCCAACCAUGCUGUAAGAGCAAAAAAGAGAAGGACAUGGAAAUCUGUUAUAAACUGCAUUUCCACAGCAGACUGAUCCAUGCCCAAAAAUCUAAAUGAUGGAGUAGCAAAUUGCUAGUGCAUCUGUAUUGCUCAGGUAACUUAGAACACAGGACAUUCAGAUUUUCAUUAGCAUUUCAUCAGCUUCCCAACCCUGUAAUAUCAAAUGUGAAGAGCAAAUUUAGAGCUGGUGACUGGGUAUAGCCUCCUUCUGGGCCUUUGGAUCAAAGGCAAAAUGAUAUAGAGAUCCAUAUACUCAUAUACCAGCAUGUCAUAAAAUCCCUGAGAGAAACAGACCUCAUAAAAUGAGGAAAUUGCAACAUCUCUCCCACAACUGUUGAUCAACACAGCAGCCAUCUCACAUCAUAUAUAUUACUUGCAAGAUGCCCACUAAAUCAUAAAUGGUGGAAAUGUGACCAUAAAGAUUGGCAAUCCCAGCUUGCUUUUCCCUUAUUUUAUUUCCCAUCCUUAGUGAGACUCACCUCUGUCCCUGUCUCUCCAUAACCUGCUCUAUCACUCAGUGGUGUUUUCAGUCAGUAGCAAUGGGGAAAUUAUGAAAUUUUUGUGUUUCAGAGAGAGAGGGAGAAGUUUGCCCCCAGAUGCUUCACACAGUUUAAUAUUCAGUUUUUGAAGUGUUUGGGAGCAUCACCAGAUAGCUUACCAGUUUUGAACGUCUUGCUAAACAGAAGCAGCUUGUCCACUGGUGGAUCUGCACACCCUGACUUUGUUACGAGAUAUCCCUUCCAAGCAAGUAGCAAUAACACCACACUCAGGAGGCUAUUGCUCCAGCUCUGUCCCACUCCUGUUGCUAACUGCUGCAUGGCUUUUCUGUUUGUUUGGAGAGGUCCUGGUCCAUCUAGCUAGGUAUUGUCUACACUGAAUGACAGUGACUGUCUAGUGUUUCAGACCAGUCUCACCUGGAGACAUCAGGAAUUGAAUUUGGGACUUUCUGAAGCCAAAGCAGAUGUAUUUGCACUGAGCUUUAAAGGUAAAGAUAAAGGGACCCCUGACCGUUAGGUCCAGUCGCGGAUGACUCUGGGGUUGCGGUGCUCAUCUUGCUUUACUGGUCGAGGAAGCCUGUGUACAGCUUCCGGGUCAUGUGGGCAGCAUGACUAAGCCGCUUCUGGCGAACCAGAGCAGCGCACGGAAAUGCUGUUUACCUUCCCGCCAGAGCGGUACCUAUUUAUCUACUUGCACUUUGACGUGCUUUCGAACUGCUAGGUGGGCAGGAGCAGGGACCGAGCAACAGGAGCUCACUCCAUCGCGGGAAUGUGAACUGCUGACCUUUUGAUCGGCAAGCCCUAGACUCUGUGGUUUAGACCACAGUGCCACCCGUGUCCCUGCACUGAGCUUUAGUUCUUGCCAAUGGUUCUAGUGCACUGUUUUCUGUGACUUUGGAAUCACAUAAUGGUUCGUGUAUAAUGCUUUGUGCUGUGGUUGCGUUUAAUCAAUUUGCUCCCACACUGAGAUACAUGAAGCUGUGGUCAGUAAAGAUCUUAUUGCAAAAUGCUUCUUUUUCAAAGGAAAAAGAAAUGUGACAUCAAAUCUGAUUUAUCCUUAACGCUGGUGAAAAUCCCUCCUUUUCAACCAAAAAUUAAGAGCAUAUGUUUCAGAAUUCAGUCCUAAUUUGUAAUGAAUUGCUUCAGUAAAGCCACUUAUAUCAGUAUUGUUAAUCUUAAUGGGUUCAAGUGACCCAUGUUCUCAUAAUCCAGACCAUCAGUUGAGUGCAAAUUUCUUUUUCUAAUUAAAAAUGUUUGACCACAAGAGGGAGUUCCUUGCCAACUGUUUACCUGUCAUGAAAGAGAAGAGUGCAGUGCACUGGAUUUAAAAGGAAAAGGAAUACCCAGCAAAUACUUUUGGUUUGAUUUGACUCCAAGACAAACGGAGUUAUACAAGUUGCUUUAAAUACGUGUUUAUUUUGGCAUAUAUAUGUCAAGGUAACUGAUUGGGCUGCAUUGCCAUUUAUAAACAUAUGGCUUAAUGCAUAUCAAAAAUAAAAAGGAUGAAUGCUUCAGGGGAGAUGAAGCUAAUGAUUUUAUAUAGCUGCAUCCUUUUAUGCAUUCACUUGAGUUUUCUUAUAUGUAAGUUUGCAUUUGUACCUCACACUCUAGUGUGACCAUGAAGCAGAACCUAGGAUGGGACCGUGCAGAGGAAGAGAAGAAAUGAGACUCAGUUCUCACUGACAGUAUCACUGGGGAUAGAGAGCUGAUUUUCAUUUUAGCCCAACUACCUCUUAUUUAAGGAAUUGUUGAGUGCCACCCACUCCUAUAUGGAGAACGAAUGCCCUACAUUUAGGGGUAAAAAAAAUACCCCUCUGGGUGGCCCAUCCUUCACGGACAGAGUUCCUGCAGCCAGACUCAGAGGAUUCACUGGCGCAAUCUUCUCAAAUCUGGUGCCCUCCAACUCCCAUCAGCUCAGUGGGUUACCAGGUUGUGAAAGGCUAGACUAGUGCAACCCCAGGUAUCCUUGCAAUAGAAGGCAAGCCCUCCCUUCAUAAUGAUAGGCAUUUUGCUAGUUUAGAAUAAAAGCAUCCAUUCAGUAGUGCCUUCUUCAAACCAAUAGUAAAUCUCUUCUUUUAUUGUUAAAUGUGUCACCUGAUUACUCCAUUCUUUUGCAAUUUUUUAAAAUAUGAAAUUUCCUCUCUAUAUUGCCAGCAAGACAUUUACAUUACUCUGAACAGAUGUGUCACAUUAAAAUUGUAUUGUAAUGUGGCUUUAAAGCAUUGCAUUACCAUGGUGAUUUUAUCUCAAGUGUUAUUCGUCUAAUAAUUGGACAGAUUUUGCAACUUGUGGACAAUUUUCAGCUAGUAUGGGGUGGGUUUUUUUAAUGCUCUUUAAUCUGUGAUCUUAAGAACAUUUACUUAGAAGUAACUUCCACUGAAACUUAUGAGAAUUAUUUCCAAGGAACUCUGUACAGAAUGAAGUUCUAUCUCCUUUGUUUUCAAGGCAGAUUUGCUAUUCGCUCUUAACGUUAAUCCUUCCUUCUUUCUGUUCUUUUUAUCCAUAUACAACAGGAAAAAUUCAGAUGUUUUGAAAGAGCACUUCCCAGUCAGUUUCAAGCUAUUUCUGACAGGGUGCAUUAGAUCAAGUCAUAAUUUCAAUCCAUUUUCUUUAAAUUUAAUAAGAUAUGACAAAGGAAAUACCUUCUUUUGUGGGCUUAAAAAGCAGUUUAUAUGUUUUUCCAGCUGUUCCCAAAGAGGAGGAUGCUAAAAAUCAAAAGGCUGUUGCAUGUGCACAUCUAUUUGUACCUAUGCAAGUAACAUCAAUUGUGAGGUAAAGUAUAUCUUUAGGAAGAUGCUUAGCUAACACCUAAAUUUGAGGAUUAGUGCUAUUGUUUUUACUUUUGCAUGUGAAAGCCAACCACCCAUUUUAGGCACGUUAGACUAACAAUAAUCAACACCAGGGUUGCUAGCAUCCCAAAUCCUGAGAUUCAUGGGGUGGGACAUAGUGCCACCCCCUAGGCAGGAAGAAGACAGGCAGGUGGGGCUGACUGAUAUCUGACAGAUUGUGAGGCAGCAUCCCAUUGACCCAAAUGGAUCAUCCUCCACUGUUUAACAACGUGCAAAAGUUAAUCUCAGGAAGAGGGGAGAGUGGAAAGCAUUGACAAACCUGAAGCACUGUACCGUUAGGAAACCUGGUUUUAUUAUCCUGCAUAAAUACGAUGGAAUUUAAAUAUUUUAUACUGAAUUAGCAUGGAAAGUAUGCUAUUCAAAAUAGUGUCCUUCAGAGAAGUAUCUGUUACAUUAAGACAUGGCAGCACUCCAUUUGCAAGGGGUGAGGUCUGGAAGAGAAAGGGAGCUAAGAUAAAUAGUUUGCAGUUUUGUUCAACAAAGUUAUGUCAGGGCAGGAUGAAGCCAAGAUAUUUUGUGGCCUGAAGCAAAGGACAAGAUGGUGCUUCCCUCUACCAUGAGAUGCAAACUAGACUGGCAGAUGACCUGGAAGCAUUUGCCAUGGUGUCUAAGGGUGGUAUGAUAGCUUAGGGAGUCCAGGUCAGUUUCUCCAUUCCAAAACUUUGAUGCUCCAUUUUCAACCCCAUCUGGCUGAAGUGGUGCCAAAUCCCACUGGUUCAUGCUGCCACCCCUACAAAAACAACAUGGAACUGAUCAAUUUUUGCCUUUGAGGGUGACGAAGAAGUCAAACUAUGAAAGAUAUUGCUGCCUGGAAGUGUGCUGCUGCUUCCCUGGGUGAAGAAACCCCUUCCCAGAAAGUGUAGGUCACCUGCUACAGGGCUGGUACUCAGCACCAUUUCAGAUCUUUCGAAUCACUACAAGUUUGCACUGAAUUGUAUCCAUUUGUUUGCUCCGUGCCUUACUUAUAUACCAUUGUGCUUUGGAUGUGCUUACAAUGGUUGUAAUGUUUGUUAAUCUUUAAUAUUUUUCCUGUUAUUGUGAGCUGCUUUGAACUCCACAUUGUUGUUGGGAAAGCGGAAUGCAAAUAUUAAAAUUUAAAAAGAACCGGCGAUCCGCGCGGCGGUUCCCGGAGCAUUCGCGGGCUGGAUCCAGAAGGCAAUUGGGCCUGAUCCGGCCAGCGGACCUUAGUUUCCCGACCCAUGGGCUAGAUGGAUGAGGCUGCCGGGCCUCUUCUACCUUCAUUUCUCUGUGCUACUUAUCAAUGUGCUCAUACAGAAACUCAGUGAUUGCGCCCUGCAUCUAAAUUAUCACUGCAUACUUAUUCCAGCAAGAUGUUUUUUGAAAAUAAGGCCACUUAUUUCAAAAGUACUCUUUUCCAAAUAUUUUAUAAUUAAAAGUGUGUAAUUUUCAUCCGUAAGCAAUUACAACUGCAUUUAGCUCAUCGUUGUGGAAGAUGUUGAAACAAAAAGGACCGCACAACUGCAGAGAUGGAGACGGCAUUUCUAUAAUGACAGUAAUCCAGUUUAUUUUAGCGGCGUUUGUGCAAAUGGCAAAUUGGUACAGAUGUGAAAGAAAUUUGCAUGGUUAAUGGCAUGGUUUCCAUCUUGUUCCUCUACUGUCCGGUCAGCUGUCAUGAUAAACAUUGCAUUCCUAAUGGUAUUGAAAACAUGUGGCUGGUAAUCUUUGUUAUUGCUUGAACUAAAUGAUGCCAUGGAAAAGUUAGUGAUUCCUACAAGCUUCAUUUUAGGGCUUAAUUGGGUUACAAUUCCUAUUCAAGAUAACACUGCAUUGCAAAUGAUCUUGUGGGUUAAACCACAGAGCCUAGGGCUUGCCUAUCAGAAGGUUGGCGGUUUGAAUCCCCACAACGGGCUGAGCUCCCAUUGCUCGGUCCCUGUUCCUGCCAACCUAGCAGUUCGAAAGCACAAAGUGCAAGUAGAUAAAUAGGUACCGCUCUGGCGGAAAUGUAAACAGCGUUUCCGUGUGCUGCUCUGGUUUGCCAGAAGUGGCUUAGUCAUGCUGGCCACAUGACCCGGAAGCCGUACGCCGGCUCCCUUGGCCAGUAAAGCAAGAUGAGUGCCCCAACCCCAGAGUCGUCUAUGACUGGACCUAAGGGUCAGGGGUCCCUUUACAUUUUUUACCACAUCUUUUCCAGAGAUUGUACACUUGGACUUCCAGCUACCUCUCCCACAACUACAACUUAGCUAUCGUUUUCCACACUAAACAGGGACAGCUCCAUCUUGGGGUUUUGUAAGCCAUCCUGCUAACUUCUGUCUUCUGCUUACUAUUUUUUAUGUCUGCCUUGACCAUUUAUAUUGUCUUGGGUGUGAAUCCUGGGAGACCUGCUCCUUGCCUUGCAGGCCUUUCCCCAUCUGGCCUGGGAGGGUGGGGCCCUGACUGACUCCAGCUACAAAAACUGAGGCUGCUGAACAGACUCUUGGGCUGGGGUACUGCUUAGCAGAGCAGGGGUUGUUGGGGAUGUGUUGUUGCUGGUACUUAUAUUAAUGUUUGUAUCUUUAUUUUACUUCUUUAUUAUGGUUUAUGUGGAAAUUGCUUAGUUUGGUUAUGUAUUUUAAAAACUUUUUUAUUGAUUUUGACUACUUUUGUUAUGUUCUACUUAUAGAUUUAUUUAUUUUUGCAUGUUGUAAGCCACUUUGAGCAUGGUUUGAACUGUGGAAAGGGGGCAUACAAAUUAAUUAUCUAUUCAUGUCUAUGAUCUCAGGAGAUGCUCCACCAAACACAUUAGCACUUUAGGUGACGAUGUCGUGCCCAGCUGGGUGCUAACAAACAGACUGUGAUGUUGGUGUUUCAGGAAAGUUAACAUCAGUAUCACAAGGAGCUAUAGUAGUGCAAUGAAAUCUCUAGGGAGCCCUCCAGACAUUCUUUUUAUUCUGCAUUCAUGAUUAUUAUUGGUGCUCAUGAUGCUAUCGGAGUGGUCACACAUGAUUCUGCAUUCAAUACUGUUUUGCAUCUACAAACAUGUUGGGGUGUUCACAUUGCUUCACUUCCAGCCAGUACAUCUUCAGAAGGCUUCUGCUGAAAUCUUGUAACUUCUUAUACCACAAAUGUUCUGGUUUAUUUUUGUUCUGCAUUUCUUGAGCUUUCGCCUCUCAGAUAGCAAUAAUGUGGCAGGAUUGGGGAAGUGUUGCAGAACAGACCAAAGCAGAAUAAGGCAACCGCUCAUUCACUAUUAUUGUGUCAAAAAUAUGUUGCAGAAUGCACCCAGAAUAAAACACCAGACUGGAGGGUCAGGGUCUUCUUAUCACGUCUCCUCCUACCAACCUGACUGGGCCAUUUUCAGUAGAGAGGUUGAGAAAGUGGUUUUGAGCAGUAUACGGAAGUGACAACAAAGGACACUCAUUUUGAACUUUCUGGGUGAUGUGUGAAAUGAGAAAUGGCACCUCUCCUCAGUUAGAUGUGGCAGUUGGAAGAACAUGUGCAGUUCACCAGGGGAGAUGCACAAAUAUUGGCAUUGCACGGUAGUCAGAAUGUUGCACUUUAGAGGAUUUCCUGUUCAGAAUUCCAGCCACAGCUUUCCAUGCCCUCUUCUCACUGCUCUUCACACACAUCCAGUCAGCAUCCCAUGUUCACAGCAUGCUAAGUCCACACUGAGGUUGUUUCUUGAAAGGUGCCUCUCUUCAGCCACCCCACCCUCUUGUACUUUUGCAUACCUUGGUAUUCUCACAGAUCUGGUGAUACAUUCCUUUUGUGUACAGAUGGUGCAAUUUCCCCCAGUGUCAUAGUCCCAAUAAUAUUGCCCCCCACCACCACUUAUGUUUUGCAAAACAGAAAGAGGUAAAAAAAAUCUAACGGUGGAUCACUUUAAUGUCAUAUAGUUUCAACGCUGGUAUACAUACAUUAGCACAUUUUGUGUGGGUGCAUAUAAACAGCAUUCUUUUUUAAAAGGUCCUUUGACUUUUGGUGUAGGGAAAAUCCUGCAUUUUAAUUCUGCACAUGUAUUUCAAAAAUAAGAUAAAAACUGAGUGUCGUUGAAAAUAAAAAAAAAUAGGAAGUGCAAACCCAUUCAAUUAAAACUUCCAACCUAGUGGUUUUAUGCAAUACAAAGUUAAUGGUCUGGCUUGAAUUCCAUAAAAUAGUACAUUUUUUAUCAUCUGCAAUGGCUCAUGGAUCUCAUAUGAACAUACCUAAUGUUUCUGGAGCAUUACCUUCUCUGAGGUGUAAUCACAAUGUGUAUCAAUAAAGAUAAAAUAUUGUAGACCACUGAUUCAUGUGGAUCAGUUGGAAAAUACACAGACAGAAAUCCAAAUAAUCUUACUUCUCUUCCAACAUCUAAAUUAUAGACAAAAGUCACAAGAGUGAGUUUUAUUAAAGAAGAUGGAUUAAAAAUGGAACUAUGACUAUAUACAAUGGCCGACUAAACAGGCAGGGCUGUGUGGUUUCAAGGCACAGAUGUCCGUACAAAAGAGGCAGGCUGAGUUUGAACCACAACAGGGCCAGACUGAUACAGCUGAAUAGCAACAAGGACUACCUGUCCCGUCCCUAACUUCUCCCAUAAUACCUUGCUCUGAGGAAGAACCCUCCCUCAUAGUGGCAUUUACUUCACCAAUUGAAGGAGCUGUUGCUGGAGGAGAAAGAGGUAGUGGCAGGGUAGUCUGCCCACCUCAGAUGGCAGAAUGUCUUUUACUCUGUUUCCCUGUAUAUAUAGUCUACAGAAAAGAGUGAAUAUGGAGAGGUAUUGCUCAGUGUGCUAGAGAGACCAUAGACAUCAAUAAGUUGGAAAUCUUAAGUGCAACAAACCCUCAACGCACAAUUGCACUCAUUUCACACGCUAGCAAGGUUAUGGUUAAAAUUCUACAAGGCAGGCUUAAGCAGUAUGUGGACUGAGAACUCCCAGAAGUGCAAGCUGGAUUUAAAAGAGGCAGAGGAACCAGAGACCAAAUUGCAAACAUGUGCUGGAUUAUGGAGAAAGCUAGAGAGUUCCAGAAAUACAUCUACUUCUGUAUAUUGUCUCCCUGCUUAAAUUUAUAUGCAGAAUUCAUCAUGCGAAAGGCUGGACUUGAUGAAUCCCAAGCCGGAAUUUAGAUUGCCAGAAGAAAUAUCAAGAACCUCAGAUAUGCAGAUGACACAACAUUGAUGGCAGAAAGUGUGGAGGAAUUAAAGAACCUUUUAAUGAGGGUGAAAGAGGAGAGCGCAAAAUAUGGUUUGAAGCUCAACAUUAAAAAAAACUAAGAUCAUGGCCACUGGUCCCAUCACCUCCUAGCAAAUAGAAGGGGAAGAAAUGGAGGCAGUGAGAGAUUUUACUUUCUUGGGUUCCAUGAUCACUGCAGAUGGUGCUAGCAGUCACAAAACUAAAAGACCCCUGCUUCUUGGGAGAAAGCAAUGACGAACCUAGACAGCAUCUUAAAAAGCAGAGACAUCACCUUGCUGACAAAGGUCCAUAUAGUUAAAGCUAUGGUUUUCCCAGUAGUGAUGUAUGGAAGUGAGAACUGGACCAUAAAGAAGGCUGAUCGCCAAAGAAUUGAUGCUUUUGAAUUAUGGUGCUGGAGGAGACUUUUGAAAGUCCCAUGGACUGCAAGAAGAUCAAACCUAUCCAUUCUGAAGGAAAUCAGCCCUGAGUGAUCACUGGAAGGACAGAUCCUGAAACUGAGGCUCCAAUACUUUGGCCACCUCAUGAGAAGAGAAGACUCCCUGGGAAAAACCCUGAUGUUGGCACAAGGAGAAGGGGAUGACAGAAGACGAGAUGGUUGGACAGUGUUCUCGAAGCUACCAGCAUGAGUUUGACCAAACUGCAGGAGGCAGUGGAAGACAGGAGUGCCUGGCGUGCUCUGGUCCAUGGGGUCACGAAGAGUUGGACACGACUAAACGACUAAACAACAACAACAAGGGUGUGCUUUGCCCCCUCACCCCAGACAAACCUCUAAUGAUGAGCCUUGAGGUGGAGGAGAAGAUUUAAUAGUGGAUGGCAUUAACCAUCUUUACAUUGACUGGGCAAAUGCAUAUUUGGGUAGCGAAAAUACAACAUACUUUUCUAGCUACAAAAUAAAUUAUGGUGUCUUAGCAUUGUUGGUCAUGGAGCUGACUAGAGUGGAGGUGACCCUUGACUUAAUCCUAAGUGCUUUCACCCAGGACUACUGUUAGAUGUAAAUAAGUUUUAAAGUCAUAGGAACAGAGAUUAUUUUAGUGUAAUCUUACUCAACAUAUUCCUAUGUGGACGGUUUCACCCAAAAGUAUAUAGUUGUAUCUUGUUUCAAAAUAGGAAGUUUCUAAUAAAUGAGGGGGUAUGUUAAGAGGAAAAUGAAAAGGAGAAUCCGUGAGAUGAAAUCUAGGGGCUGGUGGAUCAGUCUAUGUCAAUUUUGCAUGUCUUCAUUCAUAAGUCAUCAUGUUUGCAUAUCAAUUUGCUAUUUUAAAAAAUUACAAUAUUUAUCACAAAAUACACAUUUUUGUGAUGAAGUCUGGAAUGCAAAGAUACCAUAAAAUAUCAAUAAAGCAAUAAAACCAUACAUAGUGCUAAAAGUGUAUUUUAUGCUAUAAUAGGCAUUUUUGUACACACUGUAGCUUAAAGCAUUUUCUAUGUAUUUUGGUAAGUUCUUUGAGCAGAGAAAUGUAUUGCAAAAUUUGGAGAAGUGUGAAAACAGAAGGAUAACUGUGUUCCAAUUCGUGCAACAGUCUGUGAAAUGCAAAUUAGAUCAGUUCACUGUAAAACAUGGAGCAAACAUAAUGGUUAAAUCCCUUCAUGAAGCUUUGCAGCUCCUCAAAAACACUAUAAUGCAGGAAUGUACAGAUUAGUAAAAGCACACCCAUAUUAAAGAGGAAGCCAGCUUGGUUAACAAGCAGAGUCAAUAAAGCUGUAAAAGGAACAAUAAUAGUCUCCCAAUACUUGUGAGCUGCCUAAUGUAAAUGAUGAAAAGGAGAUUCAGAACAUACAAAAGAAAUUACCAUAAUCAACUGAUGGAAUUCACUGCCACAAGAGGGAAUGGCUACUGUGUUCAAUGACUUGAAAAGGAAAGCAGACAAAUUCAUGGAGGAUAGAUCUACUAAUGGCUAAUUCCCAUGAUUGCUAAAAGGAACUUUCCUAUUCAGUAUAUCUCUGAAUACCAGUUGGUGGGGGCAACUGCCUCUAUAUGCUGCUUUUGAGCAUGGAUGCAACCAUCUGUCUGCUCUGGGAAACAAGAUUUUAGACUAGAAAGACUCAUGCUUGGUCAGAUUUAGCAAGGAUCUUCUGAUCCAGCAAGGAUCUUCUUAUGUUCUGACAGAUUUUACUUCCAUUCCAAUUUCUGCUGACCACCCCAUCCCCACCAGUUAAAGCUCCCCAUGCCACAUAUUGUGGUAGGAAAUUCCAAGCUCUGUGGGAAGAACCCUGAGAAGGGUUAUUCCCUGAGAAGCAGAUUUUGGGUAGAUGCAAGUGUCUGAAGCAGGAAGGGGAUGGGAGCAGCCAGCCCUCUUGCAGAAGAAGAACGUCUCUCCUCGUUGGAUACAGACUAGGAAAUUUCAAGGCAAAGUUGCAGCGAUAGCCUCCUGUCACUCGCAGAGGGAAAGGUAAGGGGGCAGUGAAGUCAGGGCUUUGGGGUGCACUGGAGGGGUCACCAGGCAGGCUCCUUCGGCACAUCUGCCCAAGCCCAACCCGUAAGUAAAUACCAGUGGCAUCUAGGCCAGGAAGCUAUUGUUGCAUGUGUGUCCCACUGUGCAAGCCACUCCUCACAAUGGUCUAUGGUCAACAUUUACCUGAGAAUGCUAAUACUGAACAUGUGCUCGAAUCUUCGUUUCACAAUUUUCACUGCUGGAGUUCAGAUUGUUGUUUCUGCAGUUGACAGUGCUCUACCUUCUUCUCUAAGCCUUAACUUUCGGACAUUAAAGAAAGUUAGUUUGAAUCAUCUGCGGAUAUUUUCUGAAUAGUGCCAUCAGAGCUUUUAGAAGAGAGUCUUAUUUUAUAGAUCACAUUUCUCCUAUCUUGUAGUCAGUAGGUUUGCUGCUUUUUGGCAGUAUAUUGAUUAGGAAGUAAUAUAGGACUGUACAAUUCAAGAAUGAAUUGUCCCCGUGUAGCUAAUCUAAGUCCAUCCGCCUGAGUCUCUGUCUAGCAUUUAUCUCAGCAGUGAGUCUUCCCCGUCUAAAUGUUUGCCUGACUAUUGUAACUUCUGUUGUUGCUUUUAAUCGCCUUUCCCCCUUUAUACUUUGAUUAUCUUUGCUGUUAAAUUGUCUCUUCUUAACUCUGACUUUUUUCCAAUAGGAUUUAGAUUGCCGGUUCACAACUCCCAUAUUUCAAAGUAAGAACAUAAUAAAAACCCUGCUGGAUCAGACCAAAGACCUAUGUACUUGAGCAUCCUUUUCCACACAGAAGCUAACCAGCUGCCUAUGGGAAGCCUGCAAGCAGUACAUGAGAGCAAUUGUCCUCUCCUGCUGUUAUUCCCAAGCAAUUUUUAUUCAGAGGCCUCUCAGCCUGGAGGUAUUAUAUAGCCAUCGUGACUACUGAUCGCAUCAUCCUCUGUGAAUUCGUCUUAUCUCCUUUGAGUAAGUUGGUGGUCCUCACCACAACUUGUGGCACCAGAUUCUAUAGUUUGUGCAUAGAGGUUUCUUCUCUGGCCUGAAUCUUCUAUUAUUCAGCUUAAUGAGCUGACCCCAGGUUCCAGUUUGUUGGCAUCCUCCUCUUUUGGGAGGCAAUGUAAGAGUGUGCCAUCAGGGAUAAAGUCAAACUAUUGGAGAAUUACAGUGCCUGCUGUAGAGACCGAUACAGGAGAGACAUGCUUUAUUGCAGGUAGGGGAGGUGAAGACAUCUGGUUUUGCUGCUAUAGGUGCACCAUGGCAUUUCUUUAAGUACAGUUAGAAGCAGAUUAUACCCCCCCCUUUAUAAAAGAGAUGCCAUGGAAUCAAUCAACUCUAAAUCAGCCACCAGUAAUUAACUAGCCAGUGUACUGGUUAGAGAGUUGGAAUUAGCAUGGGAAUAACUGGGCUUCAGUUCUUUUUUGGCUACAAAAUCUUCUCUCAGCCAGCAUACCUCAAAGGUUGUUGUGAGAAUGGAGACCAUAUAGGCCAUCCUAAUAGAAAUAGCUUCAUUGGGAUCAUAGUAUCGGGGAAGGUUUGAACUCUUGAACUCUUCCUCCCAAUCAUGGCAGAAAGUGAGAUAGAGAGAGGUGGAAGCUGGUAUGGGAGGGAAUGUGAUAUAUGGCUUCCAUGCAGGAAGUAGAAGGUUCAAAAGAUCCAGUUGCAAAAGAUCAGAUAGCAGACUAUGGUGAAGACCUCUGCCUGAGAGCAUGAAAGGUUACAGCUAGUUAGGCUAGAGAAUACUGGGCUAGAUGUGAAGAAGAAGAAGAAGAAGAAGAAGAAGAAGAAGAAGAAGAAGAAGAUGGUUGUGUUGUGUUGUCUUUCUUUCAACCAUCAGAAUAUUGGAAACUGUCUUAUACCAGGUCAGACCAAUAAUCCAUCUGUUGUUAUUAUUAAUGGACCAAUAGUCUGGCCUGGUAUAAAACAAUUUCCUACGUUCUUGAGGUUGAAAGAGGGACAAAUCAACCUUUGAUCCCUUUAGGUCCAUUUUUACAUACAAUGCCAAAACUAGCAUCAAAAUAAUCAUUUAUCCAGAAUUAGGAAUGGACAGAUCAGCCUGUUUCCAGUCUGCAUCAGUUUGGCAUGUGUUCAUACAUUCACUCAUAUUAAUCUACAAUUUCUUUUUUUUUUUGGAAAAAAAAUCUGUAUGAAAAUUCAUAUUUAAACAGUACUAUUUUCUCAUAAAAUACACAUUUCUAAGCAUAAUUUAUCUUAAAAGAAUUAAUUUCUAAACUUAUUCUAAAACAUAUGUGUUUAUAUCUGUUGUGGAAAUUUGGGGGGGUUACAUUGAAACAUUCAGGAAAAAAAUGUGAAAUACAAUACAGAUAACUACAUAUUUCUUCAGUGUAUGCUUAUGUGGGCAGUGUGUAUCAGAAUUCAGAAAGAACUAAUUCCUCAAGCAUCCCUAUUCUCAACUGGCUGUAGGCUAUUUAUGGCAUGUUGCCAGAGAGGGAUUAUAUUGUUUGCAGCAUUGUUCUAGCAGCAGCAGCACACACACACACACACACACACACACACACACAAACACACACCUACUUGGUGAUACGGUAUCAGUUGAAAGUCCUCAAUGAAACAAUCUUUCCAGUGGAAAAGAUUAAAAGAAUCCAGUCUUCAGAAAUUUCAUGUUUUGUAAUUUUUGACACCAACAUUUACUUACAAUAUCGCUCCUUUAGAGUGUAAGUUUCUUCAAAGAAACCCAAACAAUAACUCCUGCCGCGAAGCAUUUAUAGUAGGAUAUCCAUCAGAAAUCAGUUGACAAACUUAUAAUGUGUGCUCUGCAGAUAAAAAUGAAGCAAAGGCACUGCCUCGUAUUUUCCCAGCAUUAGCCUAUCCAGUACCUGAAGAUAUAUUUUCCUGAGCGUGUUAUUCUUUAAACCAAUGAUCCAGUAUUUUAUACCUUGGGAACAGGUGGCUUAAAGCAAAUGGUAUUGACUACUACGGAAAAAGAGUGUGAAUGUGUUAUGAGGGAAGGGAUGGGAUGUUUAGGGACGGCUCUCACUGUUAAACAGCAACAUAAGGAAACCAAUAUGUUUUCCUAGUUAUUUCUAGUUCUGAAUCUAUUUAUUGUAUGCCAUGCUUCUAGAACUAAACCCAGCAGUUCACUGGAUUUCCUUCUUUCUCUUUCCUUACCUUGAUUUAUUUGUAGAAUUUGUACCUCACUUUUCUUGCCAGCAAACCGAAGCAGCUGAAAAGAAACAAGUUAAGCACAGUUAGAAGUAGCACAGUGGUGAAACCUUUAGAACAAAAAGAACCCCCAGAAAACAGUGGCAGUGGGAAAGGCAACAGUACAAAAGCGGGUGAAAAUUAAUAGGCUGUAUAUAGCCAAGUCAUUGGGCAAAUGGAAUGACUUUCCUUUUACAGUCAUACCUCGGGUUGUGAAUGCUGCAGGUUGACUGUUUUCGGGUUAUGGACCGCGCCGAACCCGGAAGUACCGGAAUGCGUUACUUUUGGGACUCCUACACUUGAGCUCUAGCACGUUUCCUUUGAGAAACCUUCACUGCAAAUCUCCCUUCAGCAACCCCUGUUAAUCAUGUUGAAUAUCUUACCUGUUUAUGAAUAAAUGCCCAUCAACACCACGUCCAAGGCCAUCUAAAUUGAUUUCACACUUCAUCUCUAUCUUCAGAAGCAGAAGUGCACUAAUUACUGGAAAAUGCAGACUGACAGAAGUGGUCAGCACAAUGACGAGCAAAUGUUCUACAAAGUGACACUUAGAUUAGGGGCAAAACAUCAUGAUUCAGAGUGGAAUAAACAACAGGGCUAGAUUCAAGUUCAGAAAGACGCCUACAUGGUAAUAAUUGAAAGUAAGCAGGCAGCUGGAAACCAAUAUACUCCUACAAACAAAAAGAUUGUAGCACGCUUCCAGAUUUAGCACAAUGGUCUGUGCACUGCUCGAUUGAAGCCAUCAUGACAAAGCCAGGAGACAACCCUACAUUCACCUUCAGUGAAGAAGCAACUAUUAGCAUUCCAUUGCUUUCGGUAUAUACAUGUAUGCUGGGGGCUGCCGCUCAGCUCUCUCUGCUUGCCAAUCCCUGCUCCCCAUCUCAGUUUCCCUGCCCCAAUCUCUCUCUCUAUGACCAAGUCUCCUCACUCACUCACACAUCUCAGUUGACCACAAUGUGUUCCUUCUUCCUCAGCUUCCCGGUCCACAAUAUUUCCCUCACCCCUGGAAACCACCUUCUCUCCAAUGCACAGCUUCUCACCCAAAUGACAACUAUGUAUCUCCUCCUUGCUCUUUUGCAAGGGAGAAAAAGAGGGAGUAGCAGUGGCAGACCUACAUUUUGGGGGCCCUGAAGCUCAAAAUGUUAUGGGGGCCCCUUUGCAAUGAGGUCUGGGCAACCACUGUUAUUUUCUUCAAUUGGGUUGUUUACAACAACCUUUACAACAUCUGUGUUAUUGACUCUCAAACUUAGGGAUUGUUGAAGUAUAUACAACAAUAACAAAAUGAUCAUUUUGAGUUGUGCAACUCCAAUUGGGUCUACCAGACCCAAUUUUUUAAAGCAAUUAAAAACCCGCUACCAGCACUAGCACAAAUUUUAUAUAGAAGUGUGCAGGUCAGCCUAACAUAGCGGAAUAGUAUUGCAGGCUUACUGUUCUCCAAAGUUGUUAAAGUUAGAUAUAUUAUUAUUAUUGUUGUGUGUGUGUGACAUACACACACACUCUGCUUUUUUCUGGGGGGACACAGGGGUGUUCCUUCCCCAAAACAUUUUGUGAAUCUUUGUACUUUUGUCCAUUUACUGUACUUAUUUUUCCAGAUUUGAACGAUAAAAUUGUGAUUUUCUUCAAUCAAAAUGAGAGUACCCCUAAACAUUUUUUUAAAGAAAAAAAGCACUGUGUGUGUGUGUGUGUGUGUGUGUGUGUGUACCAUAGUGACCUGGGGUCUUUGACUAAAUACAUAAUUCUAUUUUCUUCUUUAUCCAUGAAAUUUCUUGAGUUUCAUUCAUCUUUCAUUCAUCUUCACCAGCAUCUAUGUGUUUUCCCUUCCUUUGCUAUGGUAACAACACAGGUCUUCAGGCAUGGCACAAACCCCUUGCCUGGCACACCACAAACCUUUCUAGCGAGUGUGGAGGGGGUUCUCCUGGUUCAGCUCUAUAUAUGAAAGUUAGGUCCACACCAGCUAAAAUUUUAAUUGAGCAAGUCAGAUUCAUUAUGACAAAAAAAUGACACAAUCAAAUAAAAAAGCAGGGUCAAAAUUAAGUGUGAAACAUAAAAAGUUAACCCCUCCCCUCUCCAAGUUCACCAGUAACUGUCUUCCUGUACUUAUGCAAUCCUAUUGAUCUAUCCAAAUGCAUCUUUUGCUCCAACUUUUGUUCUCUUCCAGAGCCACUUGCUGUCAUGAUAUAGCACUAGAAGCAGAAUGGGCUGUUUGUUAUAAAAUGUGAGUGCACUGACACACACUGUUUGGCUUUGGAAGUGAGAUGAAAUGGUUAACACUGAAAAGUCCUUUACAAAAUUAUGCUCUGUGAAGGAGAGAAAGAAGAGGAUGACUUUAUUGGGGCUCGAACAAAAUAUAUGAGAAACGUGGUGCUCGUAGCUUGGACUUGAGCCUUGAACUUUUAAUUUUUCCUUAGUGGACAAAGUACAGGAGAUUAAAGCAAUACCUUUUAUUGGACCAACAAAGAGCUGCCAGACUUUGAGACCUGAAAGGUUGCAUCUUCAGGGUUCACUUUAUUGAUCUUCCCUACUGUUCCUUGUGGAUCAGAUUGGCUGCAAAUAAGUCUGUGUGCCAUUGAUGUUACCUUUCUUCCUUUGAGAGAUAAGAUUUAGUGUUUUUAUUUGUGAUCCUUGAUGAAGAGAGUUCAGGAGCAGAAUCCGUAGUGAGUUCAAGAAUGCCUUUUUCUUCAAGUCUUUCGGAGUAUAUAAGGAUCUUCUAAUUAAGAUUAUGGUGAAAAUGUUCAAAUCUUAUUUUUCUAUAGAAUUAUAAAAUGUAUUUCAGCUGCUGGAAUGACCCCUAUUUUUCUCAGUAGCAGUUAAUGUGUACCCAAAUCACUGUUCCCAUUUUGUCUUUUAGGAAUGUUGUAUUAAAAUGUUGAACUACCCGGUGUCAACUCUCUCCAAGGUCUCUAGAUAUUAAAUCUGAGAAGCAGGAAACUAUUUGUAUAUACAUGAACAUAAAGGCACCAAAUAGAGAAGGGAUGGGGAGCCAGUGCCUCCCUGAUUCUAUUGGACUCCAUCUCUGCUCAUUCCCUGACUGUUGGCCAUGCUGGCUGGGGCUGCUGGGAGUUGAAUAAUAAUAAUAAUAAAUUUUAUUUAUAUCCCGCCCUCGCCAGCCGAAGCCGGGCUCAGGGCGGCUCACGGUGGCGAAGUCCAAUAUUAGGAGGGCCACAAGUUUACUAUUCCUGAUGUAGAGCAUUGCUCACCAUAUCAUACAUGGAAUCUGGUGAUGUUUACUUUUGAACAAUUGGCAGUAGAUGCAUUGCUAGGGGAUGGCCAGGGGGUCUGAUCCCCAGGUCAUCUGUGGUGGACCCCAGAUAUUCCCUUCUUCUUCUUCUUCUUCUUCUUCUUCUUCUUCUUCUUCUAGCAAACUUUUAUUUUCCUUUUCUUAUAGGGAAGCUGGACACACUGCAGAGCAGAGUGCUGGUGAAAUGCCACCUACUCUUUUUAUAUAUAUAUAAGAUAUUUAUUAAGAUUUUCAAGAUAUUACAAAAUAAAAACAGAAAAAAGAAAAACACAAAAAAUAAAAAUAGUUAAAAACAACUCAAUUUUUCCAUUACUUAUUUUUCAUUAGCUUGUUUCCCAGACCUCCUCACGCCUCCCUUUUUUGGAUUCCAGUUCGGUUUGUUGGUUCAGCAAAUCCUUCCCCUCUUUGUCUAUCCUAAUCAUUAAUCUUAAAAUAUUGUAACAUUAAAUUUUUACCUGUUAAUAAUCCAUUUUUCAUAUUCCCUUAUAGUAUUGCAGCUAAAAACCACUUAAUUUCCAUCCAACAUCAUUCUAACAUUCAUUAAUUUUGCAGUAUUUCUGUAAAUAGUCUUUAAAUUCCUUCCAAUCUUCUUCCACCGACUCUUCUCCCUGGUCCCGGAUUCUGCCAGUCAUUUCUGCCAGUUCCAUAUAGUCCAUCACCUUCAUCUGCCAUUCUUCCAGAGUGGGUACAUCUUGUGUCUUCCAAUACUUUGCAAUGAGUAUUCUUGCUGCUAUUGUGGCAUACAUAAAAAAAGUUCUAUCCUUCUUUGACACCAGUUGGCCGACUAUGCCCAGGAGAAAGGCCUAUGGUUUCUUCAAGAAGGUAUAUUUAAAUACUUUUUUCAAUUCAUUAUAGAUCAUCUCCCAGAAAGCCUUAAUCCUUGGGCACGUCCACCAAAGGUGAAAGAAUGUACCUUCAGAAAUGCCACCUACUCACCAUCUUAAUGUCCCAGAGACACCUAUGAAUUAGAAUAUGCACACUUGUUGUUGGCCUAGGCUCUCAGUGCAGAAGCAGAUGGUGGGGCCCACAGACACAGCCAAUCACACACCCCUUCAUAGAGCUCCUUCUCUUUGUGGAUGUUGAUGAUUGAACAACAGGAGAUCCAUAAUAAUAGAUCCCUCACAUCAUGUCUAGGUGCACCCUUAAGCCAGCAAAGGAUCUGGGCCUGUUACUUAUCUUCUGCCAUUACAAUGAUAGCUGCCAUUACAACUGCUUUGCUCUUAUCUAUGAAAGAGGUGGGUGAGCCAACCAUGACUGCAGAAAGUCUCAUGUAAGAAACGAUGGCCAUUCUGAUUUCUUUUUUAUUGCUGAGUAUUCCUUGAAGUGUUUCCUCCAAUGCAACCAUUUAUGAACAGAUUUAUUCCUUUCCUGGUCCACUAUGACCAAUGUUUUGUAGAAUGUUGAGCUUUGUGAAGCUUUGACAGUGGGAGAGGCAAAUUUCCCCCUUUUCCCAUUGAAGACAAGGCAACCUAUGUGCUGGUUUUAGAGGGAUGGGGAGAAUACAGUUACCCUGACCCUUAAAUAUAUAUAUAUAUAUAUAUAUAUAGUUAUUUUUUGCUUUUGAAAAUGGCGUUUCACUUUCAUACCUCAUGUACCACCUGUUCUUACCAAAACGUUCUGUGCAGUAAAUGUUUCCACUUCAAAGGUACUUUACAGAAAUACAAGUAUUCUAUAAUGCCUGGUAGUGCUCCUCUAGGCAGCAGGUAGAAGCCAUUAUUACAUUCAGAAACAUUACCAUAAUUUGACUUCCAUACAGACCCCAAAAUUAAUGGACAAAAUUGCUCACAUAUGACAGGCAAGUGGGCCCUGAGUGUGGUGUCGAAAUGUUCAUAAAAGCUAUUGUAGUCACAGCCUGAAUAGUUGUUGAUAAAGCGUGUUCUCCUUCAUGGAGAGCACGUGUUGCGGUGGGGACCGCCAGGACACUCCAAAGUUGGGGGGGCAGGCUAAUUGAUCGUUGGCCACUGAUGCGAUUGGGGCUUCCCUUGUUGUUGGGAAGAAGUUAAUGUUGCCAUUUAUUGACUGACAGCCAGAAAUACUAAAACUCCUUGCACGAGGCUAGGGCUUCCUCUUUUUGCCCGUGCAUCGGAUUGCCCGUCACUCCCUCCCUAGAAUAGGGCUGUUCGCUUUGACCUUGCUAUGCCUGUCAUGGGGUCGUCUGCUUUGGAGUGGGGGCCUGGUAGGAAUUUUGUCCAUCUGACUGAUUGGCUGGGGCCAUUUGGUUUUUGCCUACUGCGUAGCAAAUCGUCACAACUUGUAAGGUUCGCGGUUAGGCAUUGGUUUAUGGUUUGGUUGGUUGAGGGGCAUGGAUUGGCUGUGCCUGCCUCUCUAAUGCUGCUGCUGCAAGGGAUUCCGUUAAAGGAAUUGGGGGCUAACUAUUGCUUGUCCACUCUGUCAAGGGGGCUCGGGCCAUAGCAAUGAGCUCCUGGUUCCAUUUGGGGUGAGGGCAGGUUCCCUGCUCCGCGUUACCCCCAAGUGUAUUCCCCUAUUCUGACUUUCGCAUCUUGCGGAAUGUCAGUCUGUCCCCCAUGGUGGGGGCAGAUAGUCGCAACCAAUGCCUAAGCAACCACUCACAAAUUUGUAUUUUAAUAAAGUUGUGGCCAAAAUUAUGCCAAAAAUCUUAAACAAAAAAUUCUGUGUGAUGUGUGAGUUAUUGGGGUGGACCUGGGGACCUCGACACGCAAGAAAUGCAUAUGAUAAAAAGUAAUUUCCUCUUUUGAAGGGUGGAAAUACCCUUGGAGGAAAAGGCUAUCGAUUGCUACUAUAUGCUACCUCCAGGUUCUGAAGAAGUAUGAAACAAUGGGAGAGGGCUAUUGUGCUAUCUUGCUGUUAGUGGGAUUUCCAUGGGCAUCCCAUCCUUAAGGCACUGAUCCCUACACACUCUACUCAUGUAUACCCUUUACCCAUGAGCAGCAGGCCCGUAUAGAGCUAUGGUGUAUCAUUUGGAAAGGAAAUAAAUAAACCUAAGUUUGUCACGUCCAUUGACUUCAAUCGCUCUACUCUAAGUCGGAGUAGCAUUGGCUAAAGGUAAAGGUAAAGGACCCCUGACAGUUAAGUCCAGUCGCGGAUGACUCUGGGGUUGCAGCGCUCAUCUUGCUUUACUAGCCGAGGGAGCCGACGUUUGUCCGCAGUUUUUCCGGGUCAUGUGGCCAGCAUGACUAAGCCGCUUCUGGCGAAACCAGAGCAGCGCACGGAAAUGUCGUUUACCUUCCCGCCAGAGCGGUACCUAUUUAUCUACUUGCACUUUGAUGUGCUUUCAAACUGCUAGGUUUGCAGGAGCUGGGACCAAACAAUGGGAGCUCAGCCCCACCCCCUAUAUGGGAACGUUGAUGCAGGGGACAUUUCUAAGAUGAAUGUAGCAACACUUGAGGUCUGAGAGCUUUCAUUAAUUGAUUUCAGGAGUGGCUUGUCCAGCUGGCCUCAUGGCAGCAGAUUUGGUGCAGGUUACAGGGAGCGGGGAAAGGAAAGCCAAGUCAGAGCUGUGCAAAAACAUUGGCAGAGCCAAUCUGAUGCUCCCACCAAUGGCCCUGCACAGACCUGAGCUUGCCACUGCCUUGUCUGUCCCCAGGAAAUGGCAGCAUCAACACUGCCAGGGGGUUAUUGUUGUGGUGUCACUCCACUGGUGAGCUAUUUCUGAUUUAUUUUAUUUUUACUUUUGUUUCUGACCUUUCCUACAAGGAAUUCAAAGUGGCUGUAAGGAGGAGGCUGUAGCUGGAGCAUGACUCUGCCUCUGUCACAUCGUGCAAUGCAGCACUUCUUCUGGCCCUGCCAUAUUUUCUUCCAGUUAGACCAGUUAUAAAACUGGUCUAACUGGAAGAAAACACGGCAGGGCCAGAAGUGCUUCAUUACAGACCCAAUCAUGCAAGGGGGGGGGGGGCAAAUCAGGAGGAGAUAUUUGUAUGCUCACACAGUAAACCAUUAGUUAUCAACAAUUAACUAUGGUUUAUUGUGACGUGUGGCAACUUCCGGGGUGGCGCCAUCGGUAAUGGCGGAUUCCCUCUGAUCUGGAGGGACCAGCUCCAUGGGAAACGGGUCUUUCCCGCUACAGCGAAGCGGGGACCCUUUCAAAAAUCACAGGCGGAUGAAGCCUGUGACCAUGGGACUCGGCGGGCACCUUUAGCGCCCCCCCAACCCGCAAAGGAACCCACUAACGGGCUCCGGAGCGAAGGGGGGAAGUGGCGCGGUGCUGAGAGUCAACUGCUUCUUCCGUGGAGCGAAGCCGCACAGCCGUUGCCGGAGAGCGCUGCCUUUUCCUGGGACAAUUUGGCUUCUAAAACAAUCACCUGUGAGUACUUAAAUUUCGGACAAUUGGACUCUAAAUAAGGACUUGCGUGCAGAAAGGAAAAUUGGACUUAAAAGUUUAUUUCAAUUUGGCACUGAAACGGGAAGGUCUAAACAGGAAGUCAGCCUUCCGUUUCUUUGUAGAUAGAUUAAAGCAAAGACAUGGCAAACUAGAGCUCAGAAAAUCGCUUGUAAAGGACUAACUUUCAUCAUUUAAGAUUGCUGAACCCCCUUCGGAAGCAGGAGAAGAGGGGGGAUUUUUUUCUGACUGUUUAAACCUGCAGAAGUGAGUGUAAAGUAAAGUAACUUUCCACCGUCUUGAUCCUGGAGCGGGGUGUCAGAAGUGACGUUUUUUGAAGCUCAUUAACCAGAGACAAACGUUUUGACAGAUAGCUAGAAGAAGAGAAACAUAGUGAUCCCAUUGUUCCCCUUCGCAUUUUAAAGGAACAAAUAUUGACAAAAUAUCUGAAAAAGGAAACUUUGUUGUUAGAUUUGUCUUUAAAAGAAAAGAACAAAUAGAAGUUUUCCCCUAGAGGAGCCUGUGAAACUGUAACUAAUUCUGAAUCGGGAGCUUGCAGCUGUUACAGAUUACGAUCGUGGGAAUAGACUUCUGACCUUGCAGGACAAUGUAUUCAGAAGCUCUGCUGUGUGCUCUCUGUAAAACAAGUGCCCUACUGGAACAGCUACAUGAAAAGACGGACUUGAUGACUGAUGCAAUCAAAAAUUUUGAACAGACAGUGGGAAAUUAUAUGGAGCCCUCUCAGGAAUUAAAUCAGGAGUGUGCCCUGACAGAACAGAUGAGGGAAGAGGAUGUUGCUGAAUCUUGGGCGCCAGAGAUGGAGGGAGCUGUGGCCCAGCAGGAACAUGAGCUCUUGGAUUUGACAAAUGAACUUGGAAAAAGCCAGAUUUGGAAAGAUAAAGUUUGGUUUGGUUUGGAAAGGGGGGGUUGGAUAGACCCCCCAGUGCAAGGAUGUUUGGACUUUUCAAGUCUGGCAAUGGGCUGUGAGAUGUUUGGGGUUGUGGGGGCUCUUAAUUUUGGAGAGACUUUGAAAUAUGUUCUUAAAUACCACAUGGAGUUUAGUGUGGACUAUGGAAAAGGGGCUGAUUUGUCGAGAAGGGUCAAAAACAUUGCUAAGAUGGAGUUCCCACGAGUGAAAGGAGCAGGAGACAAAGGAAAAUACAGUUAUAAAUAUGAAGAAGAGCCGCGGAAGGGACAUGGAAGGGACUUAAGGGCCUCGGAUAUAAGAUUACCAGGUUAAUGCGCUAGAUUGAUGAGAUAAAAAGGACUGACAAAACCCGGGACCAGGAGGAAGAGACGCUGGAUGAAGAUUGGAUUGUUUUUUUAUUUCUUUUUUAUUAUUAGGACUGUUUUAUAAAAUUGAUGAAUGUUAGAAAAAUGUUGGAACGAAAUUAUUUGGCUUUAGCAAAAAUGUUUAAAGAACUAUGUAAGAAUAAUAUGGUUAUGAGAAGUUGGUAAAAAUAAGAUUUAAGUUUUAGGUUUUAAGGUUUUUUAUAGUAAGAUAAGAUUAAAAUAGAUUAAGGUAAUGUAAUGACAGAAUAUUAUGAAAUAUGGAAAGGAUUUGUGCGACAAUUAACAACUAGGAUACAAAAAAAAGGGAGGAGGAGGAGGUCAAAGAAAGAAGGUAAUGACAGUUAAGGAUUUGAGAAUAAUGGAUUUGUUUUUAAAUGUUUGUGGUAUAUUUUUGUCUUUUGAUCGUGUUGUGCUAUUUUUUGAUUUUGAUUAUUGUUAAUUUGUAUUGUUUGAUGUGGUUUGUUUUUUCUUUGUUUUUUCUUUCUCUUUUUCUACCUUGUUUUCUUUUGUAAUUCUAAAAAAUUUUCAAUAAAUAUCAUUUAAAAAAAAAAAGAAAAAAAAUAUUGUGACAUGUGAAUGCAGUCAUUGUUUCCAUGCUUGUAGGCAAAGGGUCAUGUAGCUGCUGCUUGGUGACAUGUUUGUUAGCAGAAAUGAUCCCUUUCAACAUUUACCUGUAUGCACUAUGGCUAUAGGCAAAGUAGAAAAAUGCAGAUUAUGACAGGUCAAAAGCUAUGAAAAUACCUCUUGAAAUGUGGGGAACCCAUAAAUGUGUGUGUGUGUACGAGCGCGUGCAGAUCUGUGUAUAUAUCUAUCAACUUAUAACUGAAAUAUACAGCAAAACAUGGAAGUAAUGCAGUGAUUUGGGAAUUAGUUAUUAUUUACUCAGAAUAAUGAAUAUACAGUUUCGUACUGCUUUAUGUUAAUGAAACAUGAAUUAAAACUGCAUUAUGCUGAAAUUGCUGCAGCACAUCUACAUUAAUAUCAAAUGAAUUCAUUAUGACCAGCAUAGUUACAAUGAAUACUAAAUGAAUUAAUAAUAAUGAACCAUGUUAAGUGAUAUCUAAUUGUUUUAUUUCAUUUUUAUGUAUAUUUUGUCCAGAUUUAACUGUUAGGUUAAUAGGGAAUGGCAUUCAUUAAGUCAUUUCCCUGCCAAGCUUUGGCAAAGGGCACUUAGUUUCACACCACAUCCUAUGUGCACUGCGCAUCAUUCAUCUCUGCUCACCUCCCCCCACAUACACUUUCAGUCAGGGAAAGGAUUCUGCUCUAAGACUGGCGGGAAAAUAGAACAGUACUAAGGGCCAAAGAGCCAAAUAAUGUUUAUACUAUUGUGAUUUUAAUUGUUUCAUCUAUGACAUUUUUAUCUUGCUCUUACUAAGGGACUCACAGCUGGUGGAAUUUCCCCUGUUGUAAAGAAUAUAAAACCAUUCCUCACAUAAAGCAGUGGUAACGUCCCCUCACUGGUCUCUUCGCUGAUAUGCACAGAAGCAACUUCUAUUCCCUCUUCUCUCUCUCUCUCUCUCUCUCUCUCUCUCACACACACACACACACACAAAGAGAGAGAGUACCUGCCUGAUUCUCCAUUUUGUUUUGGCUUCUCCACUUGCCCCCACUUAAAGGGAUUCCACCCUCACUACCUUCUCCCUGUUCUGGGGGUUUUCAGUCUGGGUUGCCUUCCUGUGGAACACCCUGUUUGGUAGGAAAGUGUAUCGUGUAGGCUCUCCAGUAUGGGAGCGAUUCAGCUCGCAUGCACAGCAGCUGCCUGGAAUAAGUUUACCCCACACAGAAUGCAUGUUGAGCAAUGUUACACCAAACAGACGCUGGAAAUGCAAGAAGAAUCGAUUCCACUCUAGGGAGUCCACAUUGUGUGCCUUCCUACGCACCCCAAAGUCCAGUCCAGCGGGAGGGCAGGGGUAGGGGGUGGUGCAGCCAGCUUUGGUCUGGAAUGGUGGACUCCUGAGAAUUUCUUGGCCAGAGUCUGACUUGGCUAACGGCCCUGUCCCUGGUAGUCGAGCUUCUAAAAACCAUUAUGUGAACCCCACAAUUAGAGUUCACAAUGAAUAAAGUGAGCAAGCAUUCUCUCUACCACCCAGCAAAAUAUUAAUUGCAUGACAUGUAUCUGAGUUCAUUAUACACAACCAUAUUUUCACAUGUACAUUAUUUCCCAUGGUAAGAGAAGCUUUCCCACCCUUGUAGAUGUAUUCCUUUUACGACCUCAUAUUGCAAUACCGGGUUACAGAUCCCAAGCUGGCAACUGUGGGCUGGAAUUUCCCAGUUCUGCAUUUCAGUGUCUCCAUUUUUUAUUUCCUUACUUUAGGGUUGUUUACAUUUCCCUUCUCUUAACUGACUUAACUUCUCACUUAACUAACCAAGUUUCUAGCAAUUAAAUUUUUCUCUGUUUUUAUUGUCUGAUAAUUACACAAGUGCACACUGUAAAUGCAUAUUUCCAGCUGAUAUAAGUAUGCUACUAAACAAAAUGUAUUAUCCUCUUUUGAAGCACUGCUGUGGAAACAUUUCUUUGGGGUCUCUGUCUCACCUAUUCCCCAUCCAGUUCAUAAUAACAGAAGUUGGGAGUUAGACGCCCACUUCUUCCUCUUUAAUAGUCCCCCUCUUUCCUUUUAAAAAAUGCAUUGAUAAGAAACACAUUAUUUCACCCUUUCCCCUUUAUCCCUCCCCUCCCCUUUCCUUUUUCUUUCCUAUUUUUGUUUUAUACAACCUUCUUUCCCAUCCUUCCCCUUUUUUAAUUAUUCCCUGAUAUUACUUUCUAUAUAUCAGACACAGGACCUUCAGAGAAAUGGUGUAACGUAGAAUGUUCCUACAAAAAACCAGCCAGCCAGCCAUGCUCUUUCCUGGGAGAUUCCAUUCCAUUCCCUACCCAACUUGGCUUUUGUCCCAUUCCCCCUCCUCUGCCCUGACGUUAGUCCACAGUCCAUGACCACUGCGACUACUCAGUCCCCAUCAUUUUAAUCCCCCUUUGCCCCCUGGCGAAGUAUUUUUCCAUUCUGUGAACUUUGGGGGUUACAUGAGCAUGCCGAGAUCUCUCACUUGUUUCUCAGUAGGCCCAUUUUGGCUAAAUAGCCAUCAAAACCCAGUACCUAAAUUUGAUUCUGGAAAGUAUACAGAAUGAUGAUACAGUUUAUGUAAUAUUUAUAUAUUAUACCUUCCUGAGUACAUGGUGCAUAACAUUCUGUUUGUUAUGAUGUAAUGUCCAACUAUAACGUUAAGAAUAUUAAGAACUGCUACCACACCCUCCAACACUUUGAAGGCAAAAUCUGGGGCACCAUCUUCCUAGAUGCCAUUUUCCCUUUUUUUAUCACAAGAGCACGGUAGCCAUUUUGGCUGUCGUGAUCUUGCACGAUUUCAUACCCAGGUCCCCCAGCCCAAAAAGUGCUAUUUCAGGCAUGGUGCCCAAAAAUGAGCAAUUUGGGGUGCCACUCAAUAUUAUGGCCCCGAGAAAAGUACUUGGGGGAGGAAUUGCGCCAGGAAAUCACACAUGAUCAAGGCAACCAAAAUGACCAUCAUUUCCUCACAAUAAAAAAUGGGAUGUCCCAGUUUUUUCAGGACACUUGAAGGGAGUAGCCAUGAUGACUAUACUCUACAUCUACUGUUGGAGGCCAGUAUACCAGCUGUAGGGAAUCACAAAUGGGUUGGCCUUUGUAAGAACAGGAUUCUGGAACAGAGGGGCCUUUGGCCUCAUCUAGGAGGAAUUCCCCUAUGUUUUUGACUGUAAAUUUAGCACAAUUCAUAUUUUCAGCAAUUCUGAAACAACCCUGCCCUUUUUUUUUCUUUUCUUUUUUUGCACUUCCACAAUUUUUUAAUUACAUGUAUAUCCCUUUUGCUCGGGGUGGUCCUUCCCUCCCAUCUGAUCCUCACAACACCCCUGUGAGGCAGGUUGUGAUGAGAGGCGGUGAUUGGCUCAAGGUCCCCUAGUGAGCUUCAUUGUCAAAUGGGAAUUUUAACCUGGAGAUCCUCUGGAUUAUUAAGGAAAACAGAAACCCUAAGCCAACACAGAAAGUUGGCAAAAGCCCAAGUCUCCCACACAGGGACAAUAGCGUCUACUAAAAUAACAGUUUUCUGCUUGCUCCUUUAGUGAAAGUUGCUAACUAUAUGGAAAGAGGCUUGGGCAUACAAAAGGUGUAUUUCUUGCUCCAGCUUACCUAAUUAUACUUGCCAACAGAUCUCUGAAUAUAUUUCAGAAGUAAGUAGUCAUUUCAAUUAUUGUGCUUUGUAGCACAUUUAAAGGCAAAAUAUUAGAUCUGCACUAUAUGAACACCUAAUAAUUUAAAGGAAGCAGCUUGCCAGGAAGAAACUAGUAAGGCAUUAGGAAUCACAAAAGCACAUAAAAGCAAACUAAUAAAUGGAGAUUAUGGUGGCUGAACGCCAAAUACUUCCUCUACAUCUCCCACUUCUCAUGUACUUAAAAGUGAGCGCUUGUAGUUAGGCUUUUGUAUAACCUGGGCCUGGCUUAGUAGUCAAAUUGUUUAACCCUCCAUGUUCCUGUUCUUUUGAGCCUGGAUUUAGGGGCUUGAUUGAGAUGAAAAGAAAUUUUAGCUGUAGUCAAAUUAGAUCCAUGUCGUUCCUCCACUGUAAAGCCCUGGAAUCUUGGCUCUGCUUUUUGUGACCCUUUACCCUUCAAUUUUGCAAAUGUUUUUAAAUCACCUCACAUGGCGCAGCAUAUUGUGUUUCCAUAAAAAGCCACUUAUUAUGUUAAUCUGUUUACUUGGGACCACAUUUUAUAUAUUUUCCCAAACAUGAGGCUGGCUGCUGUAAGUGAAUCAUAUUAGUAAUGUAACUGAGAAUAAUCUAAUCCUAGAAGUAACUUUGAGAAGCUGUGACCUGCAUGAAGACGUGGUGUUCUAUUUAUAUUUAAUGCUCUUUUGUAGACAUAGACUUGGUGUAGUACUUUAUCUGCCCCCAAAUGCAGAGACUUACUUCAGAAUCCUAUAAAUUGCAUCAUUUGUAAUGGGUCUGGUGGCAAUGGGGAUGACACCCCAAUAGUAAACCCAAGAUAAAAGAUGGGAUCCAAAUAAUCCAAUUUGCAAAUGAAUAGCAUUUCUGUGUGUGUGUGACAAGGACGUCAGAGAAACCAUACUUUAUAUAUUUUCCCAGAUAACCUGAUUUUAUCCCAAACCCCUCCAGUUCCUCCUCCUCCUCCUCCUCCUCCUCCUCUCUCUCUCUCUCUCUCUCUCUCUCUCUUUUCUCUAUGUCGUGUCAGGCCAGAAAGAAAAUUUGGGAAAUGAGGCAUCCCUUGUCAAAUAAAUGCUUCUACCCCAUACUGGCAAAUAAAUGUCAACCAACAAAUUACUAGAUGAACAGGUACAUGGAAGAUGAUAUGGUGUGUCUUUUCUCCAGUUAUGAAUCAUUGUAUUUCAUCUCUAAAUAUAGUAUUUUGACUCACUAGUAUACCUGGGUAGGCUGCAGAUCCUGAGCUUUCUUAGUCAGCAUUUCUUCAGUCACUUAUAGAUCCAUGGCAUCUCCUUUUUCUUCCCUCGAUUGCUGUUUGAACGAAGCAGUUUGAGAGCCACAAUUCCCCAUAUUAUGAGUGCAAAUCAUUUUAUAAUCAUAAUUGAAAUAAAACCCAGAAUCUAUUUGAUGGGCAUCCAUCAGAAAGAUAUUAAACAACGACACUGAAAACAGCGGCAGAACCAUCUGAUUUAAUCCACUGCCUCAGAAACUGUCCUCUUACCAUUACUUUUGGCUUUCACAUACUUGUGACAAUUUCCACCAUCCCUGUGGGUCCAAAACAAGUCUCUGUAUCCAACUACCAUCAGGCACUGGGGCUGAGGGCAGCAACUACAGCAUUAGAGACAACUAAUGAUAAGACAGCAUUGGGGGGGGGCGGUACUGGCUCCAGCAUUAGAUGCCAGCAUGUCUUACAUGUUAUCCUCCUAGUUAGGAUAUUAUAGAAAUAUUGCAUUGUGUACUCAAGCCACAAUGUGUCCCACAAGUGAUAUAAACAGUAAAGGUAAAGGGACCCCUGACCAUUAGGUCCAGUCGUGACCGACUCUGGGGUUGCGGCGCUCAUCUCGCUUUAUUGGCCGAGGGAACCGGCGUCCAGCUUCCGGGUCAUGUGGCCAGCAUGACUAUGCCGCUUCUGGCAAACCAGAGCAGCACACGGAAACGCUGUUUACCUUCCCAUCAGACCUAUUUAUCUACUUGCACUUCCUCUUAAUGCGUUUCUCCCUAUUGUCCUGAGUUUGAGCGUCUUCAGAGUCCAGCCUCUGGUAAAGGCUGUUCUCCAAUUGGAGCGUUCGCAAGCUAGUGUUUCCCAGUUGUCAUUGUUUAUACAGUGGUACCUCGGGUUACAGACGCUUCAGGUUACAGACUCCACAAACCCAGAAAUAGUACCUCAGGUUAAGAACUUUGCUUCAGGAUGAGAACAGAAAUCAUGCUCUGGUGGUGCAGCGGCAGCGGGAAGCCCCAUUAGCUAAAGUGGUACCUCAGGUUAAGAACAGUUUCAGGUUAAGAACAGACCUCCAGAACGAAUUAAGUUCUUAACCUGAGCUACCACUGUACUACAUUAUUUUUAGAUUUGCCUUGAGAGAGUCUUUAAACCUCUUUUGUUGACCACCAGCAUUACACUUUCCAUUUUUAAGUUUGGUAUAGAGUAGUUGCUUUGGAAGACCAGUCCAGAGGGGUGGGCCUGUCUGUGAGCUAUGGGGACCAGUAGAUCUCACUUAGUGUACGGCAGCUGUCUAUGUCCUUCCUAUUCCUCCAUUAACUUUAAUAGGGAAGUAGGAGGCUACCUUACACUGAGUCGGAAUCUUGGUACACCUAGCUCAGCAUCAUGCACACUGAUUGGCAGCGACCCUCCAGGGUUUCAUAUGGGGCAGAUGCUAAGGAUUGAACCAGAGACCUUCUGCAUGCAUAGGAGGUGCUCUACUACUAAGCUAAAGCCCUUCCUGUGCCACCAUUUAUCUCUUCCUUAUUCCUCUUGCCUCUCUACCAUUUGUAUUUGUGAUUAAUAUCUGUGCGUUUCCCCCCUUUUGCUUUCAUUCAUGACAUCAAGGCUAAAAUUAAGAUUUAUCCUUCAGGAGGAAGAUCUGUCUUCCUGAAUCAUCUGUGAAGAGCUUAGCUUCCUUCCUCUCCCCCCUCCCACCCUCCCAUCUUUAACAAAAUAAGAUGUCAAUUACAUAACUUCAUAGCCCCAAGUCAAGCAGAGGAUAGCGGGUAGGGUGGGAGAGAAUCCAAGUUCCUCUGACCCAACUGUGAUGGCAGCAGCACAUUUAGACAUGCUUCUCCGCAGGAUCCUUCCGUUUCCACCCAAGGAGCUGCCAAUCCCGACUUUUGAGAAACAGAUGAAUUAGCUGAUAUAUUCUAAAAAGGAAAUGAAGUUGAAGUCACCCUGGCCAGUUUCCACUUCAGCCACCUAAGCCGUGAUUAGAACUGCUUUUCUCAGUCUGUUACACUUUGUAUUCAUUCUGCCGCCUCAGUUGUGGGGAGUGCUGUUGGAAUUGGCACAAGUAGUAAAAGGAUGAGAGAAGGCAAGCCAUUAAAUGACAGAGGAAUUUCCCUUUCCUCUGCAAACUGUGAUAAUAAUUAAAAACAAAAAAUAUAUAUACUGAACUGUGCCCUCAACCAAAUGCAAACUGAAAAUUUACAUGAAAAUAGACUAAAGGGAAUAUGAGACAGAGAUGGAUUCAUCAAAGUAGAUCUUUCCCUGCAGCUUCUGAAUUUAAACUAACUCCACUCCUGUUUCUUAUUUCUCUAAGUUUAAUGAAUACUAAUAAAUAGCACUAGUGAUUAUUACUCAAUUGCUGUGUAGGUGUAGAUAAUACUAUGAUUUUCUAUUUAUGAUGAAUCAUUUAUAUAUGCAUAAAUAUACACACCUUCACUACUUAUCACAAGGAGUCCUGUCAAUUUUCAAGGAGAUAUAUAUGAGGAUGCCUUUAGAAGGAAACACUGCAUUUGAAGUAUUCCACACACACCAAAUUUUUUUUUUGUUGCUUUCAUCAACAUCUUUCCACCAACAAUAUUAAAUUCAGUGGUCUCAGAUCAAAGCUGGUUUCCAAGAUUAUUUUUCCUUUCUAUCUGCAUACAUCCAAAUUUUAACAAUGAAUCCUUUGCCUACAUGCUACAUUCAUAAAAAAGGCCCUUAGAUAUAUAGAUAUAGCUGGAUAGAUUGCUACAUUAUUUCAGAAAUAGAGCAAUUAUUUUAGAAGCUCUUAUUGCCAAGGAACUGCUCCACUUUAUCCAUUAAUGGGCUGUGGGAUAAAGAGCUCUGAGGCAACUUCCCAGGGAUUCUGAUAUGUUUAUUUAUGUGAGCAAUGUGAAGGAUCAUGCAUGGGGAGUGUUACUGUCUGGAAUCCGCCUUGCCUGGCCCCUACAAAGGCCUGCAUCCGAGCAGGAGACUCACUGCUGACCCCGCAGCUGCUGGGCCUCCUUCUCUUCCUCCUUCCUCCUCUUCCUACCUGAUCACCCUCCUUCUCCACUUGCAUUGACAGUGACAAGAAAGAUCAGCAGCCUCCUUCUGCUGCACGUUCCAUCAGUGGAAGGAUUUCUGCUUGUGCAACAGAACAUUCCCUCCCUGCACCCCCAGUGCUGUUCUAGGGGUUCUUCCCAACCCCCUGGAGUAGAUUUAGGAAGGAAACAUGGCGCAACUGGGAGAGGAAUUGGGGAGAGAGUCCUGCUGCACAAGCGAAAACACUUAUUUUGGUGUGACAGGCUAACCAAACACCAGUGGCGUAGCGUGGGGGUGCAGGGGGGGCCGGCCGCACCGGGCGCAACAUCUGGGGGUUAGGGUUAGGGGGCGCAAAUCCACGGGUGACAACCCACGCUACGCCACUGCCAAACACCACCCAGAAUAUAGAAUAUAUUAUAUAGAAAGGUGGCAGAAUUAACACUGGCAUCAAUUAUCCAAACUCAGUUCGUAGAAUCUUAGAGUUGAAAGGGACCCCAAGGGUCAUCUAGACCAAACCCUUGCAAUGCAGGACUCUCAACGAAAGCAUCCAUGACAGAUAGCCAUCUGACCUCUGCUUGAAAACAUCCAAGGAAGGAGAGUCCACAACCUCCUGAGAGUCCACAACCGCCAGUGUCAAACAGCUCUUACUGCCAUAAAUUUAUUCCUGAUGUUUAGUCACAAUUUCCUUUCAUGUAACUUGAAUCCAUUGGUUCCUGUCCUAUCUUCCAGAGCAGGAAGAAACAAGCUUGUUCUAUCUUUCAUGUGACAGCCCUUUCGAUGUUUGAAGAUGGUUAUCAUAUCUCCCUUCAGUUUCCUCUUUUCCAGGAUAAACAUACCCAGCUCUUUCAACUGGUCCUCAUAAAGCAUGGCUCCUAGACCUUGAUCUUCUUGGUCACCCUCCUCUGCACAUGUGCCAGCUUGUCAAUGUCCUUCUUAAAUUGUGGCACCCAGAACAGGACACAGAACUCCAGGUGUGGUCUGACCAAGGUAGAAGAGAGUGGGACUAUGACUUCCCUUGUCCAGAACACUAUGCUUCUUUUGAUGCAGCCUAGAAUAGCAUUAGCUUUGGUUUGGUUUUUUGCUGUUAUAUUACACUGUUGACUCAUGUUGAGCUUUUGGUCUCCUAAGACACCUAGACCCUUUUCAAUGUAUGAACUACUAGCAAACUAGGUGCCCUCACCUUAUAUUUGUGCAUAUGGUUCUUCCUGCCUAAGUUUAGAACCAGACAUUUAUCGCAACUGAAAUUCAUUUUGUUAGUUUGGGUCUGGUUGUCCAAUCUGUUAAGGUCAUCAUGAAUCCUGAUUCUGUGCCAUUAGCUACCCCUCCCAGUAGCUGAGCUGGCCCAAGCCUGGGUGAGCGAAAAUGAGCCUUUGAAACAGAGUUUGAUUUACACCAGCUUUUAUGCCAGUGUAAGUUCUGCUGACUUGCCAGGUCAUGUGACUGAAAGAGGUUUGGAGUAGGUGCCACGCCUCUUCCAUAUCCCCAGAAUGCCACUUUUGGGGGACUUUUGUCAGCUUAAGGUCAGCUGUCUUAAAUUCUGCUGGCAGAGCCCUGGCUGAGGCGGCAUAAGCUCUGGUUUAGCAGAGUUGAGGGAGUUAUCCUGACAGAACUCUGUCUGACAGCCCAAGACCCACCUAUUGAAAAUUUGCUCAUCCUGGCUGAUCCCAGGUUUGGAUUAGACUGUAAAUUUGUGAGCAUUUGGGUUUGGGUUUGGGUUUUUUUGGCAAAUAUAUACAUAUGACUGAUUAAUAUUCUACAGACUUUUAAAUGUGUCUGUGGGAAGGGGGGCUAUUAUUUUGCUGUUUUGUUUUACUUAUUUAAUCCUUUUUUAAAUUAUGUGAGCCGCCCUGAGAUAUUAUGAUGAAAAGCGGUAUAUGAAUCUAUUUUUUAAAAAUGUAAAUAAUAAAUUAAUUUAUUGAGAUUUUAGAGUUAUACAACAGUUACUUUAAGUAACCAAUUCAACAACAAAAUUCCCACUAAUUUUGCAUCUUGAAGUAUUUACAGGGUAGUUUGGGGUAUAUAUGUAACUUUGUUACAUCCAUGCUUUUGUUUACAUUUUUGCCUUAAUUUAUUUUCUUCUUUUCUCCACAGGAUAUCUCAUUCCUGGACUGUGUUAUCUUAAAACUUCAAAGAAGCAAAGGAGAAAACAAACCAGCAAAGAACGCAUAG